AUGGAGCUCGAAGAAAAUGGCAAGCUUCCCUUUCUCGGAAUGAAUGUUAUCAGGAAUGGUUGCCGCCUAGACACCACGGUUUACAGAAAACCAACGGACACUGGACUUCUGCUACACUACCACAGUCACGUUGACGCCAGAUACAAACGGUCACUCCUGAACACCAUGCUCAACCGUGCGUUUAAGCUCUCGUCUACGAGUUUUGAGUCAAUAAAAAACUCAACAGAAGCUGAAGAACACAACUCAUUUGAUCACAGUAAAGCUUCGACGACUACUUGUGAUUACAGAACAGAACGCGAAGAAACCUUCCGGGAACUUUACCUAGCCUGGGUCCCGAUGCCUGGAACUAACAUCGUUACAUCUUGUACACGAAGUCUUGCACGCGUAAUUAGUUGUUUUGCAAAAAGAUGCUAUUCAAAAUUUUCGCGUCCGAGGUGAAUUUGAAAUCAAAUUGUUAAUAGUGCGGGGCCAUAGUGAAAUAAACACAACAUAUUUCACAUGAUCUUUUCAAAAAAUAAACUUGAGCCUGCGAUCAUUUGAAAACUAGUAACUUGUCACCGGAGAACUUCAAGAAAGUACUCGACCUGGAUGGGUCGACACCUGAGCCCACAAUACAGUCAGGGGAUACUGGUCAGCGGAUACCUUGUUUUGACAGUUGUCAAUUGAUCAAAAUAGCUAGAAAGUUUGAGAGUAAACAUUGGUAUACCUGUGGUGCGGACCGAUGGCGGGCGGUCAGUGUACGGUCACGUGAUUACCAAAUUUUCUGGGAUGGGUAGAUUUACUAAGCCAUGUGCUGCGCUGGUGCGCGCUUCGCGCUCGCAAGAGCUCCGCUAUUAAAUGAAAGAUCUAUGAUAAAAAACCCUUACUUUCCUCGAAUUAGCGCUCCAACCUGAAUAAGCGCACACUCACAUAUUCCCUCCUUGAUAUGCGCCCCUCAGAUCAACAAGAUUCUCAACCUUUUCUUGCUUUAUUAAAGUUCAGUUUAUGGUAUUAAUAUAGGAUAACAGUUUCUUUGCCAUUAAGUCAGCUUCAGUUAAUAGGGAGUUUAAGAUAUGGAGACUACAGACUACGAACUACGGCUGGACUAGCGUUGUCGUUUGUUUGUAGCACUGGGUUGAGUCGUGCAAAUAUAGAACGUUAAGAUUCCACUACAGACGACAGACUACGAGAGAAGAGGCGGAGAGGGAAACAACACGCAAAAAUUUUCUUGUUUUCACACGUGGUUUUGAUCAUGCGCGGUAGCAUGUUUAUCCGUAGCCGUAGUCCGUAGUCGGAUUAUCGUAAACUCCCUAAUAUCUCACUCGACGACUUACAUAGUUUGUUGAUGUUUACUAUCCGUCAUAUUAAGAUUUCACUUCGUACAAGUAAAAAGUUACUUUAACCACUCUAAUCGAUUUAGCAUUCUUCUUUAUACAAGCAUUCACUGUAGCUUCUAAAAUUGUUAGUUUCCUAGUAGAUUUAGUAGUAUAGUAAUAUACACUCUAGUAAAGUUUAAUGUGUCUAUUACUCCCCUUGAAGCCUGGUGCUUAUUGCAGGAAAUUUAAUGCUUAAUGUUAAUUAUAAUCCUUUACCGAUAGUUCGGUUUACUCUGAGUCGUAACCUCAGUCUUCGCUCUUUGCGUCAAUUGGCCUUAUAAUUAUCAUCAGUGGCUUUGUACUUUUCUUUGAAGAUUUUGUAGUUGCUUCUGCUAACUUCAUUGUAGCGGUCAUUUAAAUCUUUGUAGUUCCGUUUCCCGACCGACCUCUUACCAUCGACCCAUAAUCCAGCAGCAAGUCCAUCACACGGGGUAGACAUUGAUCCAAGCAGUACAAAAACUAUUAAAACAAUCGCCAGUUUUUCCAUCCUUACUCUGAAAGUAAAUUUGAAAGUAACGAACCUUCAUUAAAAUAACUAAAGGAAAAUUAAAUAGUUUUAAUAAGUAUGGGCACGGCCUUUUUCUUCUACAUAUGUCAAGCUAUGCCUAGCUUAGUGUUAAAGUACACAUAAACAGCCAGUAUUUUGAAUAGUGUUCCAAUAACAACCCGUCUCAAACAAUCACAAUUAAAUUAUACUCAGGCGACUCCGAUGGACAGCACACUGUCUACAAAACGCAGGCCAGCUCAAUGAAGCCUCAAAAACCCAACAAACUGUAGAUUAACAGAAAGAGAACAUUCCAAAGGCGAAAUUUAACUUAUCUGGAAAAGACUUCGUAAGAAAAAAAUCAAUUAAGGUGAGAAACAUGUCUGCUUUAGUUUAAACAAUAGAUAGAACUAACAAAGGAUAAACUUAUUAUUAAGAUCACUCUAUUCCUCUUAACCAAAACAAAUCUUGUACAUUUUAGUGUAUAGAUAAUAAACACUAUCCCGUUACUGCUCAUGCCAAACAUUGAUUUUAUGUCAGGAUGUCGGGAUUUCAAAAGAUGUGAGGAGAGUAAAAACGAGUUUUGAGUCAAUAAACUCAACAGAAGCUGAAGAACACAACUCAUUUGAUCACAGUAAAGCUUCGACGACUACUUGUGAUUACAGAACAGAACGCGAAGAAACCUUCCGGGAACUUUACCUAGCCUGGGUCCCGAUGCCUGGAACUAACAUCGUUACAUCUCGUUUGUUUUGACAAAUUGAAGAAAAAGGAACAAGAAACAAGCCGAAAAGAAUACGAAACCUGAAAAUUGUCUCAUAGUAUAUUUAGUGACUGAAAUAACAUAUAGUAUUUGAGUUCCAGCAAAUAAAGGAGUAGGAAAUAUUCACUGUUCGCUUAGACAACGAGAUCUUGAAGGUAGGCUGGCCUCUUAACUAUUCUCCCACUUCUAGUAGUGACAGGCACAUGAGUAUUUGAAGAAACUAACUGGGAGUCAGUCUGUGAACCCCCCCUGUCCCUGACCCAUCAGGCAUCUGCGGCGCCGGAGAUUCAGUAGGCACCACUGCAGUGUUCUACGGGGGUAUUGGGUUACGGCUUGUUUUUUCAGAUUGCAUUGUUUCGUCAUCUGAGCUGGGCUGGUAUUUCUCGGCAACGUUGUAAGGGUGGGAACAGUUGCGGCGAUAUACUCUUCCACCCUUUGUGAAGACCGUAUAGGAUCCUACCGCCAGCUGAUCCUCCACUUGAGUCUAAACUAUUUACACUGACCUGGCAAAGGUAGGAUCCUUAGCUCCUGUGUCAUAGUAAACAGCUUGCUUGUGGUUCUUACAUUGUAAUUUCUGUGCCACUUGAUGAACAACAUUUUUCUGAAGAAUUUUUCCAGCUAAGGGCAGUAAGGAGCGAUUCCUUUGAUAGAGGAGACGCUGUGCUGGAGAAAUAUAAAUUCUUUAUGAUGGUGAGCUUCUAAACUCAAGUGGAGACAUAUUUGGAUCAUAUCUCGAGUCCGCAGCUUUCUAAUUUAAGACAGACUUCGCUGUUUUUCCACUGUUUUUUUGCUUUUCCACUCGACUUGUGAUAUCUAGGUGAAGUUUUGAUGUGCUCAAACUGGAAAUCUUUCGCAAAGUUAUGAAAUUCGCAACAGUCAAACCGUAUUGAGUCUAUCUGACAGACCUUAUCUUGCAAAAUGAGGCUUCAGCUUAGCAAUAAUCUCUUAAUGAUAAGUGGUAACAAGAUAGUCUGUACUGUUGAGCUCAAAGAGGUCUGCCGAGAUGCUCUGGCAGGGUCUUGUUUGUAUUUCAUGGCACACUAGAGGUUUUUUCUGCCGUGUUGGUUUGUAACUAUUACAGAUACUGCAUCUUCAGAUGACCUCUCGAAUCUUCUUGUACAUUCCUGGCCAAUAGAAAGCUUCCUUAGCCAUCCACAGACAGCCCUGGACACCCAGGUGGCUUACAUGUAUUGUGCCAGUGAUACAAUGUCUCACGAUAUUAUACGUUGGACCACGAUUCUUUCACCCUUGAACACAACGGCAUUCUGAAAUGACAGUUCCUCCCUGGAGUUAAAACACUAAGAGGGGACAAAGCCACCAAAUUCUCUGGCCAACCCUUCUUGGUGACGGUGGUUAACGACUCAAGUUCUGUAUCAGUUUCCAUGGCAGCCUUUAUUUCUGAAAAAGUACUGAGGAAUUGGUACAAACUCUGCCUAUCUCAUGCUCGCCUCCACUUCGGUUGGUGACCUUGUGUCAUUGACAUUCCAAGCGUCUUAUUUAGCGUUUUCAUCGUCAUUGGUUGAAAGGAGAUACGCCUUGCUAAGCAUAUCUGCAAUAUGCAUCUCGUUACCCUUACUCUAAGCUCAGACUUCUGUAACAGCAAUAGCAUUCUUUGCAGCCUCUUCGGGAGCACGCAGCUGACUCUUCUUCAUAAUAGACUCCAAGGGUUUGUGGUCUUUUUGAAUAAAGACCUUUCUUCUAAAGAGUUAUCUCUCAAAUGCCGAAGACAAUUGAUACCAGUUCUUUUUCAAUUUGGGUGUUGUUGACUUCAGUGGCAGUGAGGGCUCUUGAUGUAUAUGCCACUUAAUGGCCAUCUUGAAAAAAGCAAGCUCCAAGACCAUCCAGAGAGGCGUCACAUUGAAUCACAUUCUUUUUUUGAGAAGCAUAAAACUUAAACACUGGAGCGUAGGUUUAAGACGUGCUUUACUUUCUCUGGGUACUAUCCAGGGACUUCCUGCUCCCCUCAAAAAUUGCUUUGCUUCUUGACUAGCUCUUUCAACAGCUUGAAUAAGUUGGCUAGGUCAGGGACGAGAUACGACGAGGCCCAUGUAGGUGACUUCCUACUGUCUGAACGGCAUCUCAUCAGCAGUUAACUUGAUGCUUUCUGCUGGCAGCGGGUAAGCACCUCUCUUAAGUUCCGAUCAUGAUCCUUUAGGGCUUCCUCAUUUGUGUCCCCUGAUCCAAAGACCAUCUGCUAUAGCCUUCUACCCUUGAAGCUCUUCAAGUGCUACAUUUAUUCGCUUCUGAAAUUCUUCUGGAGCUGGCGACAAUUCAAAUGGCAUUCGCAGCCCCAAGAUGUUCUAAAAGUGGUUGCAAUACUGCUUGGUUCAUCUUAUUGGACAUGCCAGAACCCAUUUUUGGAAUUUAACACUGUAAACACACGAGCCUGUGAGAGCAGGGGAAGAACAUUUAUUUAUUUAUUUCGCUUCGCCUAACUAGAAUACAAUCUUUAUACAUGAAUACAUAAAAAAUUACUAGGCAGGGAGACCACUACAGCCUAACCAAUUACAGUGGAUCUCUCGUUAAGAUAAUAAUAUAAAAACUUGAUAACUAAAGCUACUGAUACAUAGCCAAGAAAAAUCAAAACGAAACAAAACAGAAAUUCAAACUGUUUAAAGCAGCAAGUCGGCGAGCACAGGAGAGUCCUCGCUAUGUUGCACCUGGGACAGAUUUUUCUCCAGGUUCUGAUGUCGUCAAUGUCGUACAGGUCCAGCGCCUUAUUGUAAUAUUGAGGUAGUGAACGUUUAAAUGAGGGUAGAGAGAUCUGACUUGUGCGUAACUCAGCGGGCAGAACAUUCCAUGUGCGGCACGCGCGUAUGAAAAAUGAGCGUUGAUAAGUAACAAUUCUACUUCGCUUAGAAAUAUAUAAUAGCAUUGCUGCUCGAUGACCUGGUAGAUCUCGUUGAUACUAGUUGUAGGCAGAGCUUCACUAUCUAUGAAAACUAAGUUAUUAACAGCUUAUAGAAAAAGACUAUAUCCAAAAAUUCAUGCCAGUAUGAAAUAGGUAACAGAUUUGUUAGUUGGAGGCGGGUCUUAUAGGUUACAUCGCAACGGAAGGGAAGCUUCAAAAUUAGUUUUGUUGCACGGCGCUGCACGUUUUCAGCUCGUUUUAGUAAGCCAAUGGACUGUGGCGACCAUACUUGGGUUGCGUAGCUGAGAUGGAGAGCGUGCAAAGUAUUUAUGGAGAAAAGUUGGCCCGGCUAGGUGGCUGACCCUUCUAUUACAAAAGGCCGGUGACUCGACAAGGUGGGUCACCCUUCUAACCGAGUCAGUUUUUUAUUAUUUUAACGAUUCGCCAUGUUUUGAAAGGAAAUGUGUGAAACGUUGGCUCAUCCAGGGUAGCUCGUGUAGGCGGGUGACCCUUCUGCUCGAGACAAGUUUUCUUCACAUAAGCGGAUCCUAAAUUUUAGUUCUUUACAUUUUGAUUGCCGAAGUCUAGCUGACGCACAUUUUUUUGGUUUUUGUUGUAUAAUGUGGAAAACUGAAAUUAAAAAAAAAGGGUGAAACCCCGUUGAUGAGACCACCGUUUGGCCAUAAAAUCCUGGUCAUAAUAGCGUGGUGGUUGCAUCAAAAAGGUCUUAAAAAUAAUAAAAUGACUCGGAGAUCUUCACAUCUGCGUCGGAAGACUAUGGUAUUAAUAAAGAGGUGGUCGUAUAAACGGUGUGGUCGCAAGGCGGAGUUCCUCAAUAUAUAAACAGAAACAAGAGUUUGAAGAACAUCCAUGAUCAAAUUUUUAAAAAAUAUAUACUGAAAGAUAAUUGCAGGAUCUUUACGCAAAAUUUAAUCCAAAACAAUGGAACUUGCAUAUGCGAGAGAAAAAGACAGCCGCCUGAUAUAUAACGCGGUGAAAUAGCUAGAGAUUUAAGCGUGAAGUAAAUAAAAGGCAAACACAAGGCAAGGGGGGAAGUUGACGUGAAAAACGAUAUUUUUGGACUUAUUUUAUAUUGCCUGAAAGCAUAUGUUAAGAAAACGUAAGAAAAAAAAAACAUGAAUUGGAUUGUUAGUAGUAUGAUAUGCUACUUUUGGCAAGGACAAUAAAGAAAGUCCCAUGAUAGAUGCAUCGCUCAAAUUGUUAGAUUGGGAAGCCUGUGAAUCCUGUCAAAGGUGUGUGGGCAGCCCAAAUAUCAGAAUCGCAGUUUCUGUGAGAACUAGAAUUUUUAAAUGGCAAUGGAUGUAAAAGUUUGAUCGAAAAGAAAGGCCACCAAUACCAUGAAAUGUUCUGUAUGAGAUUAUUUUCACUGACCACGUUUCCUCGAGUUUUUGGAUCAUCGGUUGAUUAGCUUGGGAACACGGCGCAAAUCAGCAGAAAACAAGAUGCCAGUUAACCAGAACGGAAAACGCAUUGAGGUGACAAAAUUUUCCAGUACAAAUUUCUUUGAUACAAGUUCAAUUGUGAUUUAAGUUUCUUUUCGAGAGCCCAGCCAUUGUGACUACUUGUCGAGGAACAACCAACCGACGCUCUUGAAAAGUCUCAUAUUUCAAGCGAAAUUUAUUCAACUUCAGAAGGUUCGUGGAAGUAGAAAUUUAAUUACCCAAGCCAAUCCGUACAUAUGUUUUAGCACAUUUUUUAAAUAACUCAUGACUUGAGUUUCAGGUAAAACUAAGGUGUACCACAUGCCUAAAAUAUAAAACGCAACUUUGAGCCUAAAUUUCGUUUUCGUUUAGGCCAUCCCCUUUUUUUUUUCUCCUUUUAGCGUCGUCCGACCGACCCAACUUUUACGCAUUUUCAAAAAGAAAAAAAAAAGGAACGACGUAGUUAAACCAUUUUUAACUUGAAAUAAUUUUUUAAUCCGAAAAAUGAGCAUAGUAACAACAUAGCAACAUAACAUCAUCCUGGGCUACCGGGGCCUCCUGUUCCGAGACUUCCUGUGAUUUUUUUUUUUUUUUAGUUUUUUUUUUUUUUCAAUCCGACCGCAGGCCGACCGACCAACUAUCAGGAAACGCAUUCGACGCUAAACGAAAAAACAGAAAAAAAAGGGGGAUGGCCUUAGAUGAAAAAGAAUCGAAACUAAAAAAUUGUUUAUCUUCCAGAUUAUCGUUAAGGUAAGAAUUCAUCACCAAACCACAAUUGGAACCCUUAAGUUUUUAAAUUGAUUUAUCGCGGAGUCUUCCUGUUUUCCUGCGAGCGAAGUUUUUAGAACGCCUAAUUUUGCGUUAAAUUCAGGUUGUUUUCAAGUCGCCGACCACGAAAAUUCAUUUUGUCGAUUUUCUCCAAAUCGAAGCGGCCUUUUGAAAAACGAACUACACCACGUUUAGUUACUUACUAAUACCUAACUAUGGACAAGAUAUGAGGGAAAGCGAUUUUUUGACUGUGCCCGCGAAAUUGCGAUUUUGCUCGAUUUUUACCGACAUUAAUGCUUUUGAUUAUUAUAUGAAGCCAAAACGCUUCUUAUUUAAGGUGGCUCGACUGGAUUUUUUGGGGUUGAUACCUCCCAAGUUUGAGCCUUAACUACGUCGGCAUGAGUAAAGAUAUCGAAAAAAGGUUACCACAACUGUAUCACAUAAAGAUGAAAAUUUCUUAUGAUCUGGGUUUUAUUGCAAUCGGAGUCGCCAUGGCAACGUAAUGACGCCAUUACGUUUUUCAUUUAUCCUUGUGUUUCUCUGUACCAGGAGUUUUUUGAAGAAAUCGCUUAAGGGAGUAUGUACCUGCCAUAAUUGCCUCCAUUAUUGCAAAGUUUAAAGAAAUUCUAUGAGAGCGUUUUCGAAAUAUUUCGAAAUGCAGUUUUAAGAAUCAUCAAAGCAGUGAAAUAGCAUGUUAGCCGCUCAAUUCGCUAAUAUUUUAAGAAAAUGAUAAGCUUUGGGAACGCGGCUUCAUCUCAUAGUGGUUUGAUUCCAUUGAAAACUGCAUACAAAGAAAGACGGGGAUUGCUCUGGGCGAUCGCGAGUAAGAAGAAUUUUAUUAACUUGCAUUCAGCUGCUUUUGAUACCGUUUUUGGAGGUAAUUUGGUCCAUGCCUAAGAAUUUCGCAUUUUUCCAAAAACCGCUCGAUAAUUUUUUUUGUAAAUUCGACAAUGCCGAGAUCAAUUGUCAAGAAAUAUUCCCUGCAAGUUUCAAGAAAAUUGAAAACGGGGAAGUCUUUUAAAUAGGGACUCAAACAUAACCAAUUUUCCCCCCAGAUUUUGUGUUUACAAGUGAGCGUUACAAGUGAAAUUUGACUUGAGCGUUUUCUUUUUUUCCUUUGCUGGGACUUAAAAGAAAGUUUAAAUAUAUUGUCUGAAAUCAAUUCUGCAGCCGAUGAGCUGCUCCAACAUGAAUAUAUAUUUCCAUUUAUCGUCUCAUAUUGCUUCUAAACAGCUGACGUUGACGACAAAAUUUAUAACAAUUUAAUUGGCUAAAUAAUUUGACACCUGAGUAAUCUUUCAAUUUAUCUUAGUUUCUUUCGACGUUUCUUUUUUGCGGUUCGGCAAGAUGCUUUUCAGGAAUGCAUGAAAAUUAUAUCAUUCUAUCUUAAGUAUCUUUUUCCAUGUCAGUCAGUGUGAUUUUUAUUUGUCUUAGAUUUAUAUUACCAUUACUUUAAGUCUAAAUCAGGCCCCUUUUUUAAGUGCAUUCAUUGGGUUUGAGGUUAAGAGAACGGAGUUUACAAUUAAUCCUAUGCGCUCUGUGCUACCAAGCGCUGAUCUUUUUCGUCGUUCGCGUCUUUCCUCCGCCACGAUUAAAUUGUUCCCAGUUUUGAAUUACGUCAUGAGCAGAUCAUGGUUACGUGCUAGGCAACUCCCGCGCCCCCGCCGAAAAAAAAAAACCAGGAAAAAGAUUGAAGCACGUUUCACUUUGUACACAACAUCACAACCUGGCACGAAAAACAUCACAGAACUUUUUGAUGAAUGGAUGAUCGAACCUGUAUGAGCAAUGCCUAAAACAGAUUUCUGGCCUGUUUGUUAUCGUUUAAAACUCGCCCUGGCUUUGAAAACAAUCUGUCUCAUGCAAGAAUGGUGCAGUUUGUUUUUUUGUUGCUCGAGGACAUAACAUCGCUUUAUCGUUUAAAAAUAUACUCAUCUAUAAAAUUCAGUUUCGAUUGCAUUUCAUCGCAAUAUCUCUUGAUAUCAUGUCACGGAGUCUGCUUUGCCCCGCGAGUACUUUUCUGUUAGUUUAAGUUUGAAAUAUUUAGUAAUAUUCGUAAAUUUUGGUCAUCUUCGAUUCAUAGCUUAUUUUAUUAAUUUUUUUCCUUGUUUUCCAACUGUCAGUUGCGAAUAGCUCAAAUUUUUUGUGAAACUGGAUUAUACAACACAAGAUUGUUUUUAUUGCUUUCAUUUUAAACUAUUAAAGAAAAUGAAAACUGAAAAGAGACUCACUUUGGUGACUUUCUCAUGCUGUCUUGCCCCUGAAAAAUUGCAGGGUAAAUAUUGACAGGGACGGAGUGUAGUGUCUGAUUUGAAACCACGUGGCCCAAAAUAGCCAAUAAAAUUGCGCGAAAAUUAAUCAGUGUAUUAUAACAUCAAAUGUAAGAUUUUGGGGAGAUACCAUCGAAUUUACUUUGUGGCAUUUUCUCUGCGGUGCACCCGAUCAAAAGAUACUCUAACCUCAAACGCACUCUGUGAUUUGCAUGUUUGAUUACUACUAGAAAUAGUUCUAUUUGCUAUGGUUGUGUUCCUUUUGACCAAUCUAAAUCUGGAUUUUGCAAUCUGAAAUUUGAUUUUUCAUUCCAUUAUAAACCAAUCUAAGAUUUAAAUCUGAACGAUCCACCUCCGCACUUGGAUCGUUCAGAUUGCUGUGUUAAUCUGGUUUCAGAUUUUGGUUCUAUUUAACGAAACUGCUUUUCGAUCGCAAGAACGUACUCAUUCAUCGAUAAACACGGCGGGUCAAGGCUAGUUCGGGCAAACGUUAUUUACACUCCUCCGUUGUUUUAUGGCGAUAAAGUAUUGUACUUUAUUAAACUCAAUUUCCACUGUAAUUAUAAAUCCGUAAGGAAGAGAAAACGCUUGGAUUUUCUCACCGUAGUGGUAAAACUAUAGUCCAAAGUGUGCGUGUGUUUAGAGCACGCUUCCCAGCACUUGAGAAUUCGUAAUUGUCUUCUGAAUUUUCUUGAAUCAAAUUCCAGAUAACUUUAAGUUGACGACUGGUUCACGAUGAUGCGCAUGUGUGAGUUCUGACAGUAGCUGAUUGUUUUUAAACCAAUCGGAAGCGAGUUAGAUGCACGCAAGUAAAUUUACAAAAUUCAAAUUCAUUGUUCGCGACGCGAGAGUAUUUCCGGGCAUUUGGUUUGAUUUUAUAUAUCCCUAUAAUUCAAGUUUAUUCUUUGCUACUCCUCAGAUAUAUGUGGCAGCCGAUAAGAAUAAGAUUCACAGCCCUGUCCUGCUUUGAAACAAACAUUUACCAACGUGUAUUUUGACGAGGUCGUACCCAGGCUAACAAAGAAGUCACCGAUAGGCAAACAAAAUUUGUAAACAAACAUUUUAUUACUGUUCUCUCAGUUCGCCUUAUAUAAACCCAGAAAUACCUACAAACAGCGCCUGACCGGUGACAAAAACACACAACGUAUGAGUACAAAGAUUAUCCUUAACUGAGCAUUCAAUUGCUUAUCACAGCAAAUGAACAAAUUCAUUCGCGUUGCAUGGGGUCAGUGUUCCGCAAAACAAAUGUUACCGAGUAGGGCACAUAAAGAAACAAGAUUAUAAACAGAAUAUUCAGGCAAUAAUUUAUUUUAAAAACAUCAAUUCUUAAACAUAUACGAUCGUAAAGCAAAGAUACAAGGAACAUUUCAAGUGUCUACCAGAUCGGUGAAGAUCGCGCGGCCUGUUGCGGUAUAACUACAAGUCGGAGUCAAAAAUCAAAUGAAAGUUGAACGAACUCAUGCCUUUAACCACUUUCCAAGUGUCGUGUAUUCUUUUCGUAAGCCACACACUACUCCUAGAACCAUACCAGAUCGAUCGGCUAAGUUUCUCUGUCUCCAAAGACUCUUAAGAACGUCCUGUUGCCGGACGGCCACGAUGCUCUUCUGAACCUCCAUGAUCAAAACAUUAUUUUUUGCGUCUUCUUAGAACGUAACCAAUCAAACAACACAACCACACGUUAAUCACCGCUACCGAAGUAUAACUAGGCCAGCCAAAGCGACGGAUGUCGGAAUAAAACGAAUGAUUUUCAAUGAUUGUACCGGUAAUGGCGAUUUCGAAUUUAGUGUUGGCCAAACAAAUUUAUUCUGAACAGACAAACGGCGCGCAUGCGCAUAACCGUGAUCGCGUCCCUUUAAAGAGCAACUUUUCUUUUCAUUUCUCGACAAGAAGACGCUUAAUUUAGCGGAAAGAAAUAAAAAACGAUGUGUUGAAAUUGAGAAGAAGAUCAGAGCAGCAGGUAGCUACUGUAUGGAUCAUUUUGUUUCAGCUAGCAGGGAAAUCCAAACAAUCUGGAUUGUCUAAAUCCGAAAAAAGUUUGGCUAAAAGGAAUGCAACCAUAUAUCUGCUCCCGCCUUGGAUGAUAUUAAUCUUUCUUAAAGAAAUAUUUCUGACAGCUGUGUCGCCGAUUUUUUUAUGUAGCUUAUAACGUCUAUAACGUACAGACACCUCUUAUUUGCGCUUCUCAUUCACCAUUUACAUCUCUUCAGUAACAGAUUGAACUCAUCGAUGGAUCUUAGUUUAAAGACUGUGUGCGACGACAAAACAGUUUCACAAGUGGUGUUGGGUAGCCACGGAAUUAAUGGUUCGCAUCUAAGCUUGAGCAAACAACCAAAGAUGUCUGCUUGUUUACAGAAAAAUUUGAGUUCAAGGAUAAGUAUCUCCGAAUAAGGUCAGAUGUCUUUGAAUCCAAAGGCCUUUCAACGUUACUAGGUAGAAUUUUACAGUAAAACUAGGCAGCGGAGCAGGUUGACUGCCAAAGGAAACAGAUCUGAACUCUGAACCGAGUCAGGAAUCUACAUGUAUUUAAACGAUAUCGUUGGAGAUUUCUCGGUUACUUUUAAUUAACGAUUCUUUGUGUCUAAAGCCGAGCAUGGACAAAAUCCUCAAAAUAAUAAGUAUUUCGGAGUGAAAGAAAGCAAUGCCACUGAGGAGAUCAGGAUAAUUCACAAAAAAAAUUGUGAUAGUUUUUUUGUCUAGUUUACCGACGGUCUAAUUCUUGAUGUGACAAAAUACAAAAUCGAAAUCGGUACUGAUUUGGCGGAAAAGAUACCAAUGUUUUUAGUUAUUUGAGUUAGGAUUUUGAUCUGCUUGCGUCUGUUCGCUUGUUUACUUGCCUUGUUUACGUUAGCACGUAUUGCGUGCCUAUUACACAUUUGCGUCAAAACAAGCCGUUUCCGUUACUCUAUUUGGGCCACGCCCAAAUAAUAAAUAGGUUGUUUGAUUCAAAACCAUAGACGUAAAAACAAUUCGAUGACUUUGCUUGGCCCACAAGGCGUUCCUGGACUGGAUUAAUCAUAUGCUGACAAAUAAUCAAACUUUCGGCUGACAUUUUAUCCAUCCGGACGCCCAUGCAAACAAAAACAACAACAACAAAGAAAUAGAAUGAUCAUAUUCGUAAGAAGCGGAACUUGAGAUUAUAUUCUGGCACUAAAAGACAGAAGUAACCGCAGAAUUAAUUUCAGAAUGCUCUCCAGGUAACCAGGACGUAUUUUGUCUUCUCUUCUAUGAAAUAAUAACAAAUGCAUACUGACCGCCAUCUCACGCUGUAUAAAGUAACAACACCAUAGAUCGAUUAAUGAUCCCGAAUUUAGUAAAACUGUGAAGCUCACGAGAAUUUCUUGCAAUCUUAUGGAGAUAUGGGGCAUUAAAUAAAUUGUUGAUUUGUAAAUUUCAUUGAAGCCGAAUCUUCCAACACGAAGGUAACAAUCUCGAACUUAUUACCAAGAACUGAUGACGCCUCUUUGAACUCAAAGGCUAAACAGGUUAACAACAUUCUGAGAAGUUGACAACGUUUGUCAAUCGAAAUGACUGGAAAAUUAUCUCUCAUCCUAAUAUUACUGGUGAACACCUAAGUUCUAGUGUUCUUCAUUUAAAUUUGUCCGAUUUCUGAUUUUGUAAGUUAUGUUAAAAAUAUUUGAAUUCCUAAUUAAUUGCCGUGUCUUCCGAGAGAACCAUUACACAUGAUAAAUGAAGUUACUAAUAUAAAAGAUACACCACUAGAUCUUACUAACAAUUUUUUGCCUACUAAACGUGGUUUUAAAAUGGCUUCUCUUAACAUAACUAGCUUGACUAAGCAUAUCGAUGAACUUAGAAAUCUGUUUGCCAAUUAUCCUUUAGCUGUUAUGUCAACCAAUGAAACGAGACUCGAUGAAGGUAUACUGAAUUCUGAAAUCUAAAUACCCGGAUACGAGAUCAAGUAAGACGCGACAGAAAUUGAAAUGGCAGGAGUGUUUGCUUCUAUAUCAAAAUUGUCAUUAACUAUUCAGUACGCACAGAUCUAAAUAUAAGCAAUCUAAAAAAUUUGUUUCUUGAAAUCAGAAAACCGAAUUCAAAACCGUUUGUUAUAGUCACGUGGUACAGACCACCAAAUUCUCCCAAUGAAGUAUUCUCAUCUCUAGAAAGUCUUAUUGAACGUCCUGAUUCCGAAAAUGUCGAAUUCUAUUUAAUGGGGGAUAUUAAUUGCAACAUGGCUUCAAUGUCGGACACUGAUUCUUGCUUGUUAUCGGACAUCACUGACCUGUAUGGCCUUCACCAGCUUAUAAACGAGCCUACGCUCGUCACUGACACAACAUCUACUCUAAUAGAUCUAAUAUAUACUAACUAUCCCAAUAAAGUAGUCUGCUCUGGAGUUUAUCAUGUCAGCAUCAUGAGGCCACUAUAGGCUCAUUUUUGCUUAUCGAAAGCUGUCGAUUGUAGCUGUUUCCAAACGACACAAUGCUAUUAACUAUAGAAGUUUCACAGUGACAUUGCUUCUCAAAACUGGGACGUCUUAGACAAUUUUCAAUACCCAAAUGACAUAUGGCGUGAGUGGAAAAUUAAGUUCUUUUAAGAACUUUUAAGAACAUUUAAAAAUGUUGUUGACACUCAUGCUCCUUUACGAACAAAGCGGGUCCGUUCAAAAAGAUCCCCAUGGAUUACAUCAGAGUUGAAAAAACGUAUGCAUGAACGAGAUAUCAUGAAGUUGAAAGCAAUACGUUCAAAGAACCCACAGGAUUGGGGUGACUUUAAACGACUUCGCAACAAAGUUAACAGUAAGAUCAAGAUCGCAAAGGAAUCUUAAUUACAAACAAUCAUUUACUGAAAACAAAAAUGACUCGCGACACACCUGGCAAACUAUAAACCAACUUACAUCUCGACCUAGAUCUCGGCCUUUUAAGAGCCAACUGAAUGGAAAAGUGCACUACGAGUCAAAGCAGGCGUGCAUGAUGAAUCUGAAAAGUUCGAAACAUCCUCGAAGCUUUUUUCCACAAAAGAAGCCUAUUCUUCCAUACUUGACAAAAGCUUCUCAGCACCCACUGCUGAAGGUAGAAUUCUAGAUCAUGGGUUCACCAAAGAGGAAAUUCCUUACAUCUACAUGCUCCCGUUCAAAAUCUUGAAGGAACCAAAACUGAUCAUGUUCCAAGUCAAAAUUAUUCACAAUAUUUUACCUACCCAAUCUAGCCUCUUCCGCUCGCGCAUAACUGAUACUGAUGUUGGUCCCUUAUGUAACCUUGAAAGUCAAUCUCUAAAACAUAUGUUAUACUGUAGUGUAUCCUCUUCGUUUUGGACUUCUUUUUCUAACUGGUGGCGCGAAAUUUUAAUCAAAAACUGACUUUAUCGGAAAGCAUUAUUUUAUAUGGUUGGCACAAAGAGUCAAUUCACUGGGAAGUGCUUAAUUACUGUUUGAUUGUCGCCAAAUAUAAUGUUUUUGCUACAAGUGUACGCAUCGGCGUCCUGGACUUUGACAGUUAUCUGCUGCCUCUCAACAACAAAAUUGAUAUUCUUCGUACCAUUGCUUUUAAAUCUAACCGCUUAUCGCAAUUCAAAAAAACAUGGGACAAACUUCUUUAGAUAUGUGAAUGCUAGUGUCAUUUCCAUAAUACUUAUUCCUUCAAGCUACACUUUACUGCUGUACUGUUUCACUUAUGAGUUUUGCGUCUUUUUCCUUUUAAUUUAGUUUUUUUUUUCCUUUACAAAUUUAGUCUUUUCUUUCUAUAUAUAUCUCUAUAUAUUAUUUUUCAUAGUUAAAAGAACAAGUAUUUGUAAUUAAUUUUUUUGUCAAUAAAGAAAUAUUAAAAAAAAAAAAACUUACAUCUCGAGAGAGUAACACCCUCUCUACUAAAGAACAAAUUGUAAACGGUGUUUCUAUAAACUAAACUACAGACUUGGCAAAUUCCUUUAAUGCACAUUUUUCCACAAUUGGCCUGAAACUUGCUAAUGAGAUGCCGUCGGCAGCUAACGGCGACAAAAGUUGUCUUAAAUAUCUUAACAUCACUGACCAAAGAUUCUGUUUUAAUCCGGAAAAUAGCAGUCAAGUAUUUUCACAAUUGACUAGAAUUAAACUUAGCAAAUCAAAAGCAAUCGUUCUCGAUAAAAUAUCUGCGAGACUAAUACGUGGAUGUGCUGAUUUAUUUGAUUUCUAUUUGCAAGAUCUUUAAUUGUUCUUUGACUACAGGCAUAUUCCCAGAUGACUGGAAAUGUGCUAAAGUUACUUCUUUAUUCAAGCAGGGAAUUGAAGUUCGAGUGAUAUGAACAAUUACCAACCCUUUCUGUUAUCUCUGUGGUGGCCAAGGUAUUCGAAUGAAUAACGUACGAUCAAGUAUACGCGUACCUAUCGGAACAUAAAAUUACUUUAAAAAGUCAGUCCGGAUUUCACUAUCCAUUCUACGGUCACUGCUCUACUAGAGGCGCCCGAUAGCUGGGCUGUUGAUAUUGAUCGUGGAAACGUUAAUACUGUAGUAUUUCUAUAGAUUUAAAAAAGGCCUUUGAUACAGUAGACCACGCAAUAUUACUGUCUAAAUUCAGCGCCAACGGAAUUCAAGAAAAUUCUUAGAAUUGGUUUAAAUCAUACUUAAAAAACCGAACUCAAAUGUGUUCUGUUAGUUGUUCACUUUCCAAAACCUGCUUUCUCCAAUGUGGUAUCCCUCAAGGGACUAUAUUUGGUCCUCUAUUGUUUUUGCUAUACAUACAAACGACUUACCAAAUAGCUAAUAGCUAACUCUUAUCCUAGAAUAUAUGCCAAUGAUACGCAUCUUACCUACGCCGAUAAAGAUGUGAAUGUCAGUCAGUCCUGUUUGAAUGAAGACUUGCUAAAUAUCAGCAAAUGGCUAAUCGCUAGCAAACUCACAAUUAAUAUGACUUAAUAUGAUUAUGCUAAUCGGCUUGAGACGAAAGCUAAACGCCCUAACUGCCUCUCCCGUUCUGAGCAUCAAUGGUAUUCCCGUAAACCAGGUAUCAAAGCAAAAAGUCUCUAGGUGUACUCAUUGAUACAAACCUUACCUAGGGCAGUCAUACUGAGAAGUUGGCUAAAAAAAUUGCCUCUGGUAUCGCAGCUAUCAAACGGGUCAGGCAAUUUGUUCCCCCAGCAUCACUGAAUCUUAUCUACAAGGCCUUGAUUCAGCCGCAUUUCGACUAUUGCAAUGUUGUUUCGGGAAGCUGUGGCAUAAACCUACAUACUCAGCGUGAUAUCCACAAAGUCUUAAUGGUUUUUAAAUCCCUUAAUGGCCUUACUCCUGACUACCUAAGCUCGAAAUUUAUUGCUCUAUCUAAUACCACUUCAUGCAAUUUUCGAGAUUCUGUAAAUAAAUUAACUUUAUUUUUAAACGCCAAAGAAAUGGUGAGCUUUCGCGCGAAAACAUGAUAUCUUCACAUGUGAAAAUAUUACCUUUUGCUGUGGCUACAUGGUAAACCGAGCCUUUCACAUAAAAAACUAUUAAAGUGAAAUGGUUUGGUAUUUCGUUGAUGUUUGUACAAUAAAUAGAACAUUACAUGGCCGCUUGGAGAUAGCAAGUCAAUUUUGCGUAAACUUUGAGGGCUUGGUUUACCUAUUUUAUGUUUAACAGUGAAGAAAGCUUGCGUUUAAAUAACAUUUCGCCAGAAUUAAGGCGGAUUGAUCUAUGAGGUUGUCUUGGGAGCGAUGUGAAAAAGGAAUAUUGCCAAGGGGCUUAAGCGUCGAUUUUGGCUUUUGAAAACACUCCAGUUCACUGGAACAGUUGCUUAAUUUUUUUUUAAAGAUUCGCAGCCCAUUUCACCACAAAAAGUGUAGAAGGAACUUAAGGACACUUUUGGCGAUAAAAAAGCGUUUCAUCUGCUCAUCUAAAAAAAGAAACUUCUGUGCUAAUCUUACCUUAAAGUUAUUUCUCGCUGUAACUUGAUGGCAGUCCAGCUGUUUUUUGGUGUGGAUCUAAAAUUGAGGAGAUAAAUACUUGACAUGUUUUCCUAUAAAACUCGACAUUCACGUCUGUUAUCAAUUUCUUCAACUAUGGAAACCGGAGACUGCAUGGUUAAAACAAAUCAUGUUUUGAUACAAAAUAUUUCUCCAUUUCCGAUUUGCUAAAAUUCUUCACAGCCAGCUAUCGUUAACCAAAGAUGGAAAAUGCCUGCUGAUAUCCUAGAAGAUGAGUCACUUUUGUUCAGAACUAAAGCUGAUCGAGCCAAAGAAAAUAGCGAAAACUUUCACGUUUUGUGAAAAAGAAAUAGCCAAACUAUAUACUGCAACAUCUUCUAGACUGAACACCUCUUUAUAUCUUGAAUUUAACUGAAAUAUUAAAAAAAAAAAAUUAAACAGUUUUAAUUUAAAUUCGACUUUUGUAAGAGAUGAAUCACUUUAAUGAACAUCUCGGAAGACCUCCUCUGUGCGCAUAAUUCUUCAGAUUCAUCUAUAGUUGUUAAUUUAAAACUGUAAGAUAAGACACUAAAGACACUUCCAUUCUUACUGAUUAGGAUCGUUGAUAAAACUGUCAAAGUUUAGCCAUCUGUUCAAAUACAUUUUGUUACAUUGUGCUGAUACUUUUUUUGCAAAAUAUGAGAAACUAGUAUGCACAGUGUAUCUAAUUUUAUGUCGUGGAAGUUAGGAAGGCAGUCCCUUCAUUCUCAAUAAAGCCGGAGAAUUUCCCAGACUGAAUGUUUUUUUUUUCCAACAUUGUAGAGUGUAAAUAAUUGUUGCUUUAUAGCUCUUUAGAAGGGGUUCAAAUUUACUCCGACCAAAAGUAGAUUAAGAACAUCCGCCUUCCAAUAUUAGAGGCAGUGUUGAAACCCGCCCUAGGCCUCCCCAGUCACACUAUUUACUCCAUUUCUCUCCCGCCUUUCCAUCCUUGACAUUUCAAGGGCCUCCCCCGAGCCUCGGGAGGUCCUACCAUACACGUAUGUCUUGUUGAUAUGACGCCGACGACAAAGUUAUUUUUAAUAAUUUUCUUUUUUCCACAAAGCAUAUUCCCUUUGGUUAUUACCAUUAGUCUUUAUUCUUGGUUUUCAAGUGACGUCACUAAAAUCCUAUCUCCAAAACCGCAAGGACUUUUAAGUUUUAAUCUCCGUCUAGUAAAAUGUCUCUUAAAAAUAAAUUUCUCUGCAAGUUUCAAAGUGAUAGCUUUUUCCGUUUUGAAAAUAUCAAUAGCUCUUUCUAAUUUCUCAAGUUUACUCCGCGUAACAUUAAAAAAAAAAAUAUGGCGACCCAGAAAGCCGUCACAUAUGCUAAAAGAAACAAUUUUAUUGCAUGAUAUUGUGUCCUUUGAAUGGUGAACGUAUUAGAAAAUGUGUUUAGGGGAGUAAUUUGAUCGUUCGCAGUGAACAAUAACAGUUGUUACGAGGCUCACACUCCUACGAACAGUCCUUUUCAAAGUCAUGCGCCACCGGUUUGUUAUGUAACCUUUUGUACGACCAUAUAUAGACAUUAGGAAACAAGCACAUGAUGAAGUUUUGGCAGAGUUUGAUUGUUUUUUUUUUAGUGUUGCUGUGAAGAAAAAUGUGGCGGCAUGGACUUUUUACACCUUCUUUUGCUAAAACUAACUGUUCCUGGUUUAUGAAGACUUUAUUUUGAAGUACUAUCCAGGCAGUUAAGCUUUUGAACAUUUUUAGAACUUCAAUUAACUAUUUUGGCUUGUAAACAGGGAGGGGGGGGGGAGGUAACUCUAUUGUUUUCCACCUAAGUUUCUUGACCCACUCCGCCUACCAGUAUGACGCCACAAAGUAACGGGCAAGAGCCACGGCUCGCUUGUGUAAAUUAGCAAGGGAUACGACAGUUAUUUGGAUGAGCGAGGUCGAGGAAAAGCAAAGAAGCUAACAAAUAUCGCUAUAUAUCGCUUAUUUGAUCGAAUGUGUGUGAGCUUUGGUGUUGCUAUAAUCUACUUGUGUAAACCGUUUUGAUACUUUGUGUCCGUGAUUGUAGAAUUUUGUUAAUUUGUUUUGCGAGCAGUGUUGCGGGAUCGCCAUCUAUUUCACGGGACCGGCAAGGUCAUCAAGACUUAAAUUUUUUUUUUCUCUAAAAUCGGCAAGGUCUAGUCUCGAGAAUAGGAGGUUCCAUUCGCAGAUCAUGCAUGUUUAUAUUUCAUCUAUUCUUUUGCUAAUUAAAUGGGCCUAACUUCAUAUCAUUCCUUUCGAAUGCAGGCCUCUGUUGAUCUCCUAAUUCUCCACCAAAUUCAGUAAAGCUAGUUCGUUCGAUUAUCUACAUCGAGUCGGCCCGUUAAACCGGAAAUAAUGCGAAAUAGCUUUGAAAUACGCGCUUAAGUUAGUUUUCCUCAAAUGUAUAUUUGAAUUCAUGAUGAAUACAGCUCAACCAGCUUCAAACAGCGUCUAGGGUAGAAAAAAAAUUUUUUGAUAUGACAAGAUUAAUUUUUCAAAUCAUGUGUGUCACUAUGGUGCAGUGGUCAAGGAGUUCCUUGCAUGUGCAGAUAAACCGGGUUCGACUCCCAGGGACGCUGCUUUCAGUUUCUUUGUAUCGUUUUUUUCAUACUAUUUUUUCUUUUGCCCUUUUUUUCUUUAUUCUUAUUGCAGACCCUGCUGGUCAUGCACUUGGAUCAAUAUAUAUAUUUUAAGCUUAAGUCCGGAGGUUUAUUUUGGAAAAGGGAUACAAAAACUCUUGAUCUGCAUACUGGCCAAGCUUACGACCAGAUAAAAAACAUAAGCUGUCAAGACAUGUCCCUCCUCUGAAACAGGUGAAUUUUUUUUCAAUGUCAGUUGACAUCAUGACACAAACACACAGUACACCACAAACUGUACUAAUUUACAGCCAACACCCACAAGCAAAAGUUAAACUUGCCUUUUGUACAGCGUCUUAAUCAUCAAUAUCUCCACUGGGUUUGCCCCCAAAAAAUAAUUAAAGGAAACCUUUUAUAAGUUUUCGGGAUUUAAUUACAGAAUUACAGGUGUAUUCCCAAUACAGUAUUAAAAUGCGGUAAAGCUACAAGAUUCAAUGCUCACAGUCUCUCACAAAUACCUGUCAUUUAGCUUCCCCUUUCAACGCUCCAGCUAAGCGAACUUUUAGAGGAAUGAUACGGAGUUUCACUAGCUCUGAAGAGCUGAAAAUAAGCACAAUUACUGUGUCUAAACCCCUUAAUCUUGCUGUGCACUGGCCCUCAAAAGUGUGACCGGUCGGUAUGAUUACCGAUGAUUGCUCGACGGUAGAGAAGAAUCUUAAAAAAUUAAUUACACCACUGGACAGAAAGAAGUACUUAAAUCUAGUUUUCUAUGACAAUAGAAACCUUAAAAUCUCCAACUCCAAGAAAUCGGAACGGUAUUUCCGUGAUAAAAUCGAAAUUUUUAUCCGUCUCUUCGAUGAACUCUUUGUUCGCCACAGAUACCACAGAUUUCCUUGGAAAGAAAUGAACACGGAAAAAAUUGAACUCAAAAUGUGCCAUUUGGUCAUUUAAAAUUCAGGUGUUUACUCUUUUAAAUUAGGCACUAAAAGGAAAUUGAGUAAUAUUAGUUUUCAGUGGACAAAAACCUUGUACCUGAAUAAUUUUAUAAGAUAACGCAUUCUUUUUUUGCAUUUUUCAAGGGCUAUAGAUGCAAUUAGUUAUCUGUUGCUAGUGUAAGUUAACAAGAUCAGAAAAACAAACAAACAAAAAAUAGUUGUAACAGUUUUUCUGGCUAUCACUACAGGUCAAAGACGUCCCAAGAGACUGGAAACAUAGAAACAUGCAUGUCAUCUUCAAAAAGGGAUAAAUCCUUCCCCAGUUUGAAAUAUAGACCCAUCUCCCUAACUUACGUUUCCUGUACUAUCAUGGAGCACAUCACUGUGUUCUAGUCACGUUAUGUCCCACCUAGGGGAGUAUAAGAUCCUGUCGACUGAUUUCCAACAUGGUUUCCGUCAAUCCUAACAAGAUACUAGAUUUCUUUAAGUUUUUCGUGUUUAAAGGUAAAUAAUUCCUGAUCUUUGGUGCUAGUCUUACGAAGUAAAAGGACUUCUUGCUAAGUGCUCCUUAAAAGAGUCAUCUCUUAGGGACAAGUUUGAGUGCACAGCGGAAAUCCUUGUAGUACGAGUUUAAUCUGAUUAAAGGAGCAGACAUGUAACUAUUAACAACGCCACACCAAAUAGAUUAAAGUUUGACGAUUUUUUAUCACUUGAAAGAAAGAAGCGGCGGCGAAUCAAAAAAAGCCAGAAACGUUAUACGAUGAUUUUUCGUUCUUUAUUUAUUCUGCAUUUAGCAAUAGUAAAAAAAUGUAUCAGCAUUCAAUAGUCUAAGAGAACUUUAAGCUAUCUGCAGAACUAUUAGCAAGCGAGACGUUUACAACAAAAUUAAUAUGUUGGAAAAGAAAUAAAACUGUCAGUCAAAAGCACCGUUCUCUCUCAAAUUCUCUCUACAACAAGUGCAUCAAUCUUUCUUUUUUUUUAAAUAAAUCACCCAAAUUAAUAAUCACACGCUUACAAGUACCGUAUAGCAAUGAGGUAAUGAUUACAGCUGUAUUAUGUAGUCGGAAUUUUUCGAAAUUUCGUCUUUCGGAAACACGAAAUUUUACCUUGCUUUUACGUAAUUUCGUGUCGAAACGAAAUUCUGUUUCGUCGAAACUUAAAUUUUUGUCCCUCAGGCACCAAAUCUCGUUUCGCCGGAUUUAUCACCUUCCUUGCCAAAUUUCGACCUCGUUAAAGCAAUAUUUCGCCGCUUUUCCGUCAGAAACGAAAGUUCGCAAUUUGUUAAUUUCGCUGUCAUUACUUUUGCACAGCACUGUAGAUAGCUUUUAGGUAGAUAAGUAGUCUGAUGUAAAUUGUCCUCUCAAAAAGCCUUUUAUUUUCGAGAAAAGUAAGAAUAUCAGUUUUCGUGGGCUGUCGAGUCUCAAAAUUGCCUUAUUUCUCCUCGCUCUCGCAAACAUAGCCGCAAGGAGAAAUUUGGACAAUUUCCAUCAAUAGAACAACUCUUCUUUUUUCACUAGACUUAUACUUUCAAAGCAAUAUCGACACUCGUUGAACUAACAUAAUUAAAACAUGAAGAAGAGGCCCUCCAAAAGAAUUUCUCUGUCCUCGUAUAAAAACUAUCCCAUUGUUGACACUUAUCGAGUAUAGCUUGGUGAGUGAUGGGACGACCGCUGGCUCAGCUGACAGCAGUGAUUUGGGGGUUACUUCGUCUGGUCCCCUGGCCUUAUUAGGUUUUAGGGCCUUGAAUUUUCUGGAUAUAGACUCCUCCGAAAUUGAGAUGGUAGAAAUUGUUUGUGUCAGUGUAGGAUCAUUUCCUGUUUCUACUAGUGGACAGACGGUGUUUCUUGAAAGGCUAGUUCCUGUUGUAGCGGAUAGAUAGAUAGAUAGAUAGAUAGAUAGAUAGACAGACAGACAGACAGACAGACAGAUAGAUAGAUAGAUAGAUAGAUAGAUAGAUAGAUAGAUAGAUAGAUAGAUAGAUAGUUUAUUAAUAACCGAAUUGCAACUAAAAGUUGAAUUAUACGAUUAUUUACAAUAAAUUGAAUAAUGAUAAUUACAUUAAAAAGACUACAAGCGAUUUAAAACAGCAAAUAAGGACACUAUAUAUAUGUUCUAAAAAAAAUAUAUAGAAGACGUUUAAAAAUUUACUAAAACCCUUCAAGCCUUAAGAAAAACUACUACGAAACCUGUUCGUCUUAAAAGCUGGUUUAAACUUCCUCAUAUUUCUUAGGUUAAAGGUACAUGUGUUGCGAGCAGGAAGAAGUUCAUGGAGCUUGUUCUGUUGGUUCUGUAAAACAUUCUUAAAUAGUUUAUCAACUAGUUCCUGGCGGAACUGAUUCAACCAAGGCCUCAUUAUAUGAGCAAAGAGGAAAAAUGAUGCGCAUAGCCCGCUUUUGUACUCCUUCAAGAAGGUAUUUAUCCGAUUUGCCUUCUCGUCUUCACGUACAGCGAGAGUAUUAUCUUCCCGUCUUAUUGGGCCAAUCUGGGGUCUCCUUUUUGGAUUCGUUGCUUCGGAGAGUACUUUCCAGUACGCAGCAGUGGAAUUCCCAGAAUCGAUCUUUUAGCGGAAAAAGCUGGCUUUCGCACGUCUCAGUUGAGCUGAUAUUAAUUUUAAUGUUUUAAUGUCUUUGUUUUUGUGUUUUGUCAGGGCUCCAUUUAAACUAGCUCUGCUAAAUUGGAUGCCCCUGGAUAAAUAUUGAAUUAAAAAAAAAAAAAAAAGAUAUUUCAUCGGACCUUUUAGUACUUGGCCCAGGCUGUUACGUCAUUGGUGAUCGAUAGCGGAAAAGUUCCUCGACAGGAACUGCUACUUGAAAAACAUCUUCUAGUCUGCACACCCCUUUAUAUCCUGAAUUUAAAGUUCUAUGAAGAGGGUAACUCUAAAGCGAUCGAAUCAAGUUUUAAGCAUUUUUAUAGAAUGAAAUAUUUAAAACAAAAAUUUAACAGUUAUUAUUAGAAACACUAAAGGAAAAACAUCCACAAGUUGCUGACAUAGAUGAUGAAUGUCCCGCCCAACAUCUUUGACCUCAUCGAUAAGCAAAUGAUAUAUAUAUAUAUAAUACAAUGAAACAAUGAAAACCAAAGGUUCUGGUAGACCGUCCGGAAUGGAUGCGAAAUUUACAGGAGAAUUUUGUGCUCGAAAAACUUCAGCAUUGACGGAAUACAUCUGAGAGAAGAGAUAGCUGCGUUAAUCAGAAAUCUACUGAAAUCAAUCAAUCUCAUCAAUCACCCUUCUCUGUUGGAGUGGGUGCAUGAGCACACCGUGGAAGACCUGAAGCGACAACAGUUGGCACUCAAGACAACGGUGUUCUGUCGCACUUUGUACUAAAAUUAUCGCUCUUUGUAAUACCUGUCACUCUUUGUAAUAACAGUUGUCGCACUUUUUAAUAAAAAUUUGUAACAACAGACCAACAGACCUUCAGGAUAGUGGGAAAAGCAUUUUUGAGGACUAAAUUUUCAAAACUUUUCGGGUGGAGCAUACCUUAAGACCCCAAACCCCCCCCAGAAUCUUCCUUCGGCAUUCGUUUGUUCGAGCUCUCUUAUCUAAAAAUCAGAGUCCACCACUGACUUAUUGGCUAAAUAACGUGAGUUCAUUUGCCCUUGUUAAUCCUCCUUAGCCUCAGAGUCUCUGUUUUGUAAGUGAUCUGUUUCCCUUUCCAGUGCCACCGGACUUUUACCACAGUAGAUUGUCGGGAUUAGUUAUUGAUCCAGUAAAACCAAAUAUAACCCCCAAUUCAGUUGGAACUGAGGUUUUUGGUCAGUUAGUUCUCAGAUAAUUCGCGGCUGAAACGAAGGGCAUUUACGCAGGAAAUGGACCGUGUAUUUAUUCAAACGAUUAUAGCAUCUUGAGUAGUCGAGAACAAAAAACACACAACAUUGCGUGCGGAAACAAUCAUUUACUUUUUGAGAAAAUCUUUUAUCCGUCUUUUGUUUGUUCAAAUCGGUAGCAGCUGAUCAAAAGGGAGGAAAUUCAGUUUUCUUAAAAUAAUAGCUCUCUAAACUGAGGAAAUUGAACCGAAAGGUAUUUUCAUAAAAAAAUACAAUGCUUAAAAAAUAUAGCCUCCUAAGAAAAAGAUUCAUAUCGCAAUAUCACGCCACGUCAUCGAUCGAGCGAUGCGCGCUGAGAAAACUGUCUAAGCACAUAUAGGGCUGGUAGCCGUUGCGUUAACUUCGCUUGCAAUUUACUUUCUUAAAUGGUCGGUGACACCCCAUUUUUUUUCCGUAGACCACUUUCUCUUCCACUUUCCGAUAGAUUGUGAAAAAAUGAACAAAAAAUCAAUGUGGGAAGGGUAAAAAAUUUCCAAUUUUUCUGUAUACGCGGCGUCGAAUUUUGGCAUUCGUGCGGCUUUAAGGAGAGUAGAAAUGUGUCCGCUAAAUGAUAAAAUCAACUCUGAGGAAGUUUUUUAGUUCACCGAAUUUUUUUUAUGGAUCCACAAGAACAAUAAGUGGCGGAUAAAAUUUCAAUUCAGGGAUUUAUUUAUAAAUUUUUUGCACAAACAGGCACUUUAUCCGUAUGCAGUAACGAAGCCCGAUUUCUCAGAUUUUGGGUGAUCUUUUGAACAUCGUAUCUCCGAAAAGAAUUCGGUGACCCCCCAAUUUUUUUACAUUUUUGGCAUGAGUAACCCAUAAUCUCAAACUGGUGAAAGUUUCAGAAAAAAAUUAACGUUAGAAGAUUUUCGCGCGAACGUCCUUAAAGAGCUUGUACCUAUAAUUCAUCUUUCUUCUUAUUUCGUUAGUGAUCCAUGGGUCGCUCUUCCUACGGGUUUUUAUCUUUUCAUUAAAGGUGCGUGUUUAUCACAUAUUUCAUUGAACGUGUUCGUAAGAAAGCGGAAAUUGAUAAAAUAAUUACCGUGGCACUGAAAGACAAUAGAAGAAAUAAUUGAAGGGAUGAGUUGCACUACUUCGAGUGGAUACAUACCACUUCUAAUUUCUGCCCAAAUUAUUGCCACUCAGGUACCCAUCUCUCUCUCUUUUUUAGAUCUAACAGUCUACUAGCCACACGAAAUAUCUCUUUUGGGGUGGUACAAUAACUCGAAGAAAAAAUAGAUCCACAGCGCUGCUAUUUAAUGUCACCCUCAGAAUACUGUCUAGGUAACCAGGACGUAUUUUGUCUUCUCAUAUAAAAUAGUAAAAGAAUGAAUGUUGACCGUCAUCUCACACGCUGUAUAAGACAACAACGCCAUAGAUCGAUUAAUGAUGCCAAAUCUUGGAGUAAAACUGUGAAGUUCACGAGAAUUUCAUAUCAACCUUUUGUAGAUAUGAGGCCUUAAAAUUUGGAGGAUUUUUGCAACUCAUACGUCGUAUGAAAAAAAUAGUCCAAUUGACCGGAUUGCACAUGUGUAAAAAGAAGACAAUUAUUAUAAUAUAAUUUUAAUAAAAUCAUAUAUUUCAUCAUAUUAUAUAUUUGGUUAACAGGGAUCACAUGGAGAGGCCGUUGGAAAGAAAACAAGUCUAUGUUAGGUGCAAGAAAAUUUUGCGUUGAAAGUUUAGGGAAGGGAUUUGUUUACCAAUUUUAUGUUUAACAGUGAAGAAAUCUUGAGUUUAAAUAUAAUUAUUUCGUCUGAAUUAAGGCGGAUUGAUCUAUGAGGUUGUUUCGGGAGAGAUAUGGAAAAGGAAUAUUGCCAAAGGGCUUAAGCGUCGAUUUUGGCUUUUAAAAACAGUCCAGUUCACUGGAACAGUUGUUUAGUUUUCUCAACUGAUUAAAAGUUCGCAGCCCAUUUCAGCACAAAAGUGUAAAGCGAACCUAAAGGACACUUUUUUUUGAUAAAAAAAAACGUUUCAUUUACUCUUCUAAAAAAGAAAAUUCUGUGUGAAUCUUACCUUAAAGUUAUUUCUCGCUGUAACUUGAUGGCAGUCCACCUGUUUUUGGAGUGGAUCUAAAAUUGAUGAGAUAAACUUGACAUGGUUGCCUAUAAAACUCGACAUUAACACCUGCUAUCAAUUUCUUUAACCAUGGAAAACGGAAGCUGCGUGGUUAAAACGAAUCAUUAUUCAUACAAAAUAUUUCUCCGUUACUGAUAGGCUUAAUUAAAUUCUUUACAGCCAGCUAUCAUUGAUGCUUGCCGGUAUCCUGGACGAUGAUUCACUUUUGUUCAGAAAAAACGGUGAUCGAUAGCGGAAAAGUUCAUGUUUUGCAAAAAAGAAAUAGUCAAACUAUUGCCUAAAAUUAUAACAACAACGACAUCAAUACCACUCGACAGGAACUGCUACUUGAAAAACAUCUUCUAGCCUGCACACCCCUUUAUAUCCUGAAUUUAAAGUUCUAUGAAGAGGGUAACUAUAAAGCGAUCGAAUCAAGUUUUAAGCAUUUUUAUAGAAUGAAAUAUUUAAGACAAAGAUUUAACAGUUAUUAUUAGAAACACGGCAUUCGUUUGUUCGAGCUCUCUUAUCUAAAAUCAGAGUCCACCACUGACUUAUUGGCUAAAUAACGUGAGUUCAUUUGCCCUUGUUAAUCCUCCUUAGCCUCAGAGUCUCUGUUUUGUAAGUGAUCUGUUUCCCUUUCCAGUGCCACCGGACUUUUACCACAGUAGAUUGUCGGGAUUAGUUAUUGAUCCAGUAAAACCAAAUAUAACCCCCAAUUCAGUUGGAACUGAGGUUUUUGGUCAGUUAGUUCUCAGAUAAUUCGCGGCUGAAACGAAGGGCAUUUACGCAGGAAAUGGACCGUGUAUUUAUUCAAACGAUUAUAGCAUCUUGAGUAGUCGAGAACAAAAAACACACAACAUUGCGUGCGGAAACAAUCAUUUACUUUUUGAGAAAAUCUUUUAUCCGUCUUUUGUUUGUUCAAAUCGGUAGCAGCUGAUCAAAAGGGAGGAAAUUCAGUUUUCUUAAAAUAAUAGCUCUCUAAACUGAGGAAAUUGAACCGAAAGGUAUUUUCAUAAAAAAAUACAAUGCUUAAAAAAUAUAGCCUCCUAAGAAAAAGAUUCAUAUCGCAAUAUCACGCCACGUCAUCGAUCGAGCGAUGCGCGCUGAGAAAACUGUCUAAGCACAUAUAGGGCUGGUAGCCGUUGCGUUAACUUCGCUUGCAAUUUACUUUCUUAAAUGGUCGGUGACACCCCAUUUUUUUUCCGUAGACCACUUUCUCUUCCACUUUCCGAUAGAUUGUGAAAAAAUGAACAAAAAAUCAAUGUGGGAAGGUAAAAAAUUUCCAAUUUUUCUGUGUACGCGGCGUCGAAUUUUGGCAUUCGUGCGGCUCUUAGGAGAGUAGAAAUGUGUCCGCUAAAUGAUAAAAUCAACUCUGAGGAAGUUUUUUAGUUCACCGAAUUUUUUUUAUGGAUCCACAAGAACAAUAAUUGGCGGAUAAAAUUUCAAUUCAGGGAUUUAUUUAUAAAUUUUUUGCACAAACAGGUACUUUAUCCGUAUGCAGUAACGAAGCCCGAUUUCUCAGAUUUUGGGUGAUCUUUUGAACAUCGUAUCUCCGAAAAGAAUUCGGUGACCCCCCAAUUUUUUUACAUUUUUGGCAUGAGUAACCCAUAAUCUCAAACUGGUGAAAGUUUCAGAAAAAAAUUAAUGUUAGAAGAUUUUCGCGCAAACGUCCUUAAAGAGCUUGUACCUAUAAUUCAUCUUUCUUCUUAUUUCGUUAGUGAUCCAAAGGUCGCACUUGCUACGGGUUUUUAUCUUUUCAUUAAAGGUGCGUGUUUAUCACAUAUUUCAUUGAACGUCAAAUAUUUCAUUCAACAUCAAAACAAAAGACCUUAUGAUGUUAACAAGGUCUGGUGAGAGGCAAUCAGUGAGUGUUUGGUGGUUGACAAAGGCACUCUCUAGGGACUGAAGUAACCCUCUCUAUAUGAGUAUUGCAAAUGUCCCAGUGAAAUGUGCUAGAUGUCAGAAUUGCGGAUACAAUUCAUUUAGCUCCCUUCUUCCCAACCAGAACCAAUUGUACCACGUAGAACAAUAUUCUUGCGUCUAGGGAUGGUUUUAGACGCGAUACUCUCAUUUGCUACGUUCGUUGAGCAGUCCAGAAGGAACGGAAGUAAGAAAACCGCGGAGCGCAAACAGCUCCCUCUCUGGGGUCUAUUGAUAUCCUCUUCUUUCGUUUUAAAAGGUUCGGAAAAUAUGCAUUUCAUGCAAAUACCGUAUUUAUUCGAUUAACCGCCCUGGGCGCUUGUUAAAUUUUUGGACCUUGAGAGUGGGAGCUUAUUCGAGGUGGGCGCUUAUUAAAUUUUCACCAUUCUCGGCAAGUGUAGUAGUAUAUUUUGCAACAAAACAGUAAAUGCUAAUAACAAAAAACUAAGAUGUAACAAAGCAAGGUUUGUGUACAAUACUACCCUGAAGAAAACUCCGUCUUCGGGAGGGUCUCUUAUUAUAUCUUAUUGGAGUUUUUGUGGGAGGGAGUGGGGUGGGGUGAGCGCUUAUUCGAGGCUGAUGGCUUAUUAACUUUAUCUGCCUUUAGGAUGGGCGCUUAUUCGAGGUGGGCGCUAAUUCGAGGUUGGGCGCUUAUUCGAAUAAAUACGGUAACAAGACUUGCCUUGUUCUCUGGAUCUUUUGCAAAAUGGCUUUUGAGUCUACAACAAAAACAACUUCCACCUCCACUUUUGAACGAAAAAAAAGUUUCCCGCUCCGAGGAAUUGAUGUUUCCGCUUCGUGAAUUAGUUUUAAUUGACUACGCCCGCGACUUUCGGCACAUUUCAUGAACCAAGCAAUAUCCCGGAGCGGCCUUUGGAAGUGUGAUGAGCUUCCUGCAAAGAUCAUGUUCUUCGAUUUGUGGAUGUCGCAGUUCUCGGCAAGCUGGAAUAGUCUGGUCACAAACAGAUCUGCCGUGUCGGACUCCUCCUGUCUUGCUUGUAGGAACUAUUGCCUUUCAAAUGUGACGUUUACUUGAGGGGAAAAUGUGCAUCCAGUAAUUUCAAUGCUUCCGCAUUCUGUGUUUCUUCUUCUGGUCCAGAUCCAGGGUCGCUCAGCGUAGCAAAAAUGUCCUGUACAUCUUGUCUAGCACAAUAUAAGAGUAAGGCUAAUUUUUGUGAAUCUUUUUUGAUACCCUUGGCCUCGAGAAAACUCUUAUAAGAACGUGUUCAUCGUCACCUACUUCGCCCAGCGGUAGUCGGUCUGCUUACAGUCGAACGCGUUCAUGUUUCCAAGUUAAGUGUUUACAAUUAUCUUUUCUCCGAAUAUGUCCUAGUUUCCUUGUCUAUUGCAGAGUUUGAAAUAUUCACAUUUAAGUCAGAACUGAUUGAACAAGAUUACGACCACAUAACACCAAAACUACACAACCCUUCUCUUAGACCGUCUUUGAUCUAGCUCAUAACAAUCUGUAUAUACUGGCAGACAACACUACAUAUGGGAAAUCUAAAAACCAUGCACUAGACAAAAUGAUUCAUCAUUAUAGUAAAUGGAAUGACGAGGUAUAUGCUGUCAAUUAUGGGGACACAAGAAGGCUUGGUACGAACCCGAGGCCAUAAGAGAUCGAAAAGGGUACGCUACACACAGAAAGAGUACUACAGUAGUUGCCUUUACGUUCUCACAAAAUACUUGCAAGACCUCCCAAGAGGAGAGGAUGCCACAUGACUGGAAAAAAGCCGGAUUGUUAAAAAUCUUAAGAAAGAGGAAUGCGGCAAUGCGUGAAUUGUAGAGAGGUAUGACUGAUUUUCGUAAGAUGCUAUAAAGAUCAUAGUUACUUUUAUCGUUUUCAGCAGGCAGAGGACGCUAAACAGAAUCGGCAUUCAAGCUUUAGAAAGGCUUGCUCUUGCAUCGACAAAAUGGCCACCUUACGUAAAGUAACCUACCAACUCAUUGAAUGGAAUACCUACCUCUACGUCAAUUUUAAUGACUUAAUGAAUUUUGACGACGGAGACAGAAACACCAUAUAUAGAGUCGCAUAGACCGAGCAUUGUAGCAAAAUGCUGGUUGACAAACUGAAACUUGUUUUCUGAAACUUGUCUUCUUGCUAUCUCUACCCGCCAAAAAAAAAAGAAAAAACUCGCAAAAACCAUUCAAUAUGAAAUCAAUCUUUGUUUUCAUGAGUGUUUGACCGACUACUUUAAGCUUUGAAUAGAACAAUUUCAAUUCACGAAAUAAUUUAUUCUUGUGUGUUAGAUCAGAGAUACUGAUCCCCCUGCACUUUUGCAAAUGCGAACGGCGCAUCGACCUAAUUAUUUUGUCAUGGAAUUGGAAGGGAUGUUGAAAUAAUUUAAAAUUACCUUGAAUACGAAUUCGAAUAGCGUGCUCUUCGUUUUCCCCUUGCCACGGCAGCAUUACCUCAACAAAACAACAUUCAUUUAUAUAAUUGCACCACCGGAAUUUUUCAGCUAAUGAAGAUGUUUAUUACGGGAAGCCCUAAACACGUAAAAGCGGAGAUAAAGGGAAACGUGUGGUCAUCUCCGCAGAGGUUAAUUUAAACGUCUUAUUUACUUCUGGGAUUUAAAAUAACUCUAAGUUACUUUUGAAAUUGGGUUCGUGGAACGGAUAUAAUUUCCGCUACUUUAUUUUGUUUUUGGAGACAUGAUUUAAACACUUAUAUUAUACUAAGAAAAAAAAAAUGUGGCAUUAAGCAAAAAUCGCGUAAUUCAGGAAGGUAAGUCAAUUAGAGCCUUAAAAGCAACAAUGAAUGAUAUAUCCAACGCACAAUUAACUCAGGGGUGUCAGAAUUGAUAUGAUCGGGACAAUCAAAGAUUUUAGAAGCAAAAUUACGAGGAAAAUGAGUUAUGGGGUCUCCGAAUGCAAUUACAUGAACUGUUUGUCCAACCACCUUCUGAACAUGCUAUUUCUACAAUGGAAAAAAGAGCUACUGCAUUAAAUAACAAAGUUACCCUUCCGAAGCAAGAAUAAAGACGAAAUUCAUUAUGUGAUACAGCUUUCAAUUCUAGCCCUAAAAUUUUUGUUUUAUUUUUACUGUUGGCGAAAUGCUGUCAAAAACGAUCACGUUCCACCCUCUUCUACCCCUUCUUUGUUGGGUUAAAACCAUACCCAUAUGGAAAACAGUGAUUGAAAGUAUGCAGUCUUUAAGAAUGGACAAUCUUCGAGUGGUAUAUACCCGAUUUCUCGCUUUCUAUUCUGACAAUCCUUCUGGACUUGACGAUGGCGAAUCGCCGGCGAAAUGGCCAAGUAAGGCAACUUUCGCCACUCACCCCUCGACCAAAACUGAAUGGCCGCCAACACGUUUAACACGAUUCAGUAGCUGAAGGAUGGAACUACACAAUGAUAUGCAGGAGAGUCUGUAAGUGUGAGCCACUUUUGAGAUUUAAUCCACUGAAUUUGGCUAAAAUCGCAUGUUUCGCUAAAUGGGUCAAAGGGGCUAAGUGUGUUUCCUCAGAGUUUGUAUACAAAAAGGUGUCGAUGAUUAUGACCUGUAUUAUUUUUAAGAUAAAGGUUUAAUUAAAGUAAUAAGUAAACUGAAAACUUUGGGACGCACUCCUUUAUCCAGAGCAAUCGGUUGAAUUUUGACAAGAUUUGGAUAUUUUACAAGCAUUUCGGGCCCUCAUGUGGUGCCGAAAGAAAAUUCGUUAAAAAAAAAUUUACAUAAGCGAAUUUCUCCAGUCUAGUUUCAUAUUUGUUAUAUACUUACUGAAAGAAGUCUACAGCAAAAUUACGAGCGAAAUCUAUUUUGUAGGCAAAACUCGAUAUGAGGAUCUUACAGAGACUGGCUCGUAAGUCCAAAAAUAUCCCGCAGGAGUAUAUUUUGUUUUCAAUGGCUCUUUGGAUUUUAUCAGUGAUAAGCAUAAAAGCCUGAGUAGUGGAGCGUCCACUACGAAAACCAAAUUGAUUAUCAUCUAGUACAUUAUGUUUAUCAAGAAAAUUAAUCUAUUGAACAUGAGCUUCUCCAUUAUGUUAAGAAAAACAGAUAACAAUCGCCCCAUGUAAGGGAAUCCAGGACAGUCUUGGAUUCUGGAUUCCAUAUGCUGUGGAUUCCGGAUCCCGGGUACUGGAUUCCAGAUUCCAGCACAGUGGAUUCCGGUUUCCAAAAAGAGGUGGAUUCCAUUUUUUUCAGGUUAUAAUUCUUUUCUUCGCACUUUGUUUUCGUGUUCGAAUCUUGCCAUAUUGAAAGGCGUUAUUAGAGGGCAUAACAAGUUUGUUUUCUUUUUCGAUUUACAAAAUUACUAGCCUCCCACGCAGACGUUCUUAGGGGUUCGUCACGCGUUCCCGUGACGAACCCCUAAGAACCCCUUUUUGCAUAAAAAGACCAUACAGAUCAUCCUACGCUCCGGGUAUGAAAACGCAGUGAAAUAUUUUUCAUUUAAUCAAUUUUAGCCGACGUUCCUAGGAGGGUGGAACUUGUUUUGGCUUGUUUUGGGUCGUUGUGGAUCUUUUGUCGAUUAUUUUUUAUCGCUGUGGAUCGUUUAGGUCGUUUUGUCUCUUUUUGCCUGGUUUCUCGUUUUAUUAGUUCAGCUGGCCAAAUAAAAAUACGCUGUGGCGUGUGCAAUUCAUUCUUUGCAAAUUAAAGUCCUUGGUUCCGUUCUCUAAAGAGUAGUUUUCCGUCUCAAAUCUUGGAAAACCAUUUUUAUCUUAUCCUUUAAGACUUUUUAAAACUCUCUCUCCGUGUCAAUAAAGACUUUUGAAGAGGGUAUAAAUUCUCGCGUAGAAGUUGACGAGUACUGCUUUGAGGUUUUAUAGCGCGCUCAAUGAUAAUGAAAUUCAAACUAACUGUCGCGGUUGAAUUUGAUGUUAAAAAGAACAAAAACAACAAAACAAUAGUUGUUUCAUACUUAGGAUGUGCGUAUAACCACGUUUUGUUAGAAAAAAGACUUCACGGCUCUAUCAAAUUCGUUGUUUAAGACGUCGAAAAUUGAGGAUUUAUUUCGAGCAUGCGCUCUUUCAUCGCCUGUCACAUUCCUGACAGGCAAUAAUCGGAUUUGACCAGAUCUCGCCCUCGGCUUCGUCAAUAAGAGAUCUGGGUCUCUGAGAUGGUCUGGGGUCUCUCGGAUCCAUUUCUAACAAAAAAAAGUUACGGACUAAACCGAUCUCAGAUCGGUCUAAUUUCCAAAAGCGACCUCAAUGUGAACGAGGCCUAUUCAGGAACACAACUGUAGAAAGAAAACAUGAAAAAUCCGUCUGUUCCUCGACCGAGACUGAGAUGACUGAGAGAUGAAGAGAGACUUAAGCGUUUCUUACGCGUUGGCUAGUUUUAAGCGUUUUACAACCAUAUAGCGCUCAUUUAUACGAUAUUUUCUCCACGGACGACGUAAACGUCAUAUCACAUUCAAUUAUGAUUGAGAAAAAAAAUCAAUUUUUCGUUCAUGUUUGUGACUUGCUUACCGGCACGUUACAGUCCACAGAUCGACACAAACGAAAAUUCAUGCAGCUUUGCCUUUGGCACGUUUAGAUCUAUCAGUCAGCUAAAAACUGGUAUAAAAUUUCACAUCACAGUAUUACACGUACCUUUCUCUUUCAGCCUUUUGUUUUUGCUUGUGCUUUCCCAUAACGUUUUCUUUUUCUUGUUUAAUAAGGUAGAAAAGAAAAAUUCAACAGACAACAAACUUCAAAAGGCUCGUCUCAUCGAUGAGGUGGCGAGAUUUCACUCGAAUGCCGGGGAUGAAUGAAAAAGGCACCCACCGCGGCCUUGCACGUGAUUACUUUAGUGACAGCUGAUUGGUACGGUUCUGACAGUACCUAGCUUAUUUCUCAAAUAAAGAUUAUCGAAACCAUGAAACUGUUCUUACCGCAACUACUAGGACCAAAUUAGGGACUAAGAGACUGUGAAUUUCUUUUUUUUCUUUUUUGGUAAAAUGUUGAAAGUGGAAGUUUAUUUUCAAUUGAGAACCAGGAGGACCAGGAGAGGACCAGGAAGGUUCAAGAAAAGGUUCACCCCAGGUGCACCUUUUCCGGUCCUAUGCCAGGUCAAAUCGCUUUUGAUUUUUUAAGUUCAGCGAAGCGAGUGAACAACAGAGAAUCAAACAUAGCCAGAGACUGAAGUUAUUCACAACAAUCCAAUUUAUACCUUAAAAAGGCUGCGCUGUAUUCCCUCGAAAACCCCCGAAUUUUGUGAUCCUGCCAGCCGCUCAUAAGCAAGGGUUCCCCCGCUGACCGUGACCUUUCAUAUGGAGCUUGUCAACUAUGGUUUUGACACCAGAUAUGCCGAUAUUACACUGUAUGUCAUCACGUUGAGGCAUAUACCCUGGGGAGGCUUUCCACAGAUGGUUCUUCUUUCGAGCGAGUAGCUCAAUCCAAUCAGGAAUGGAUCUUUAGGAAGUUGGAUUCUGGAUUCCAAUCUUUAGUAGGAUUCCGGGUCCCUAGUGCUGGAUUCCGGAUUCCAAAGCCCAGGAUUCCGGAUUCCACAAGCAAAAAAUUCCUGGAUUCCGGAAUCCGGAUUCCCUUACAUGGGGCGAUAACAAAGUAAUUGGUCUAUAAUUGGAUACUAAAGCCUGGUUACCUCUUUUGUAUAGGGGUAUCACUCUCCCGACUUUUAACUUAUCUGGCACUAAGCCUAAAGAAAAAGAACAAUUAAAAAAAUAAGAUAAUAGAUAACACAAGAUGCUCUUCAAUAAUUUAAGAAUUUUCACUGGAAUGCAAUGUGGCCCCAGUGAUUUACUUGUAUUUAAGCUAGAAAUGAUUACCUAAAAGGAAACACCUUCCUCUAAACUGUUAGUGACGAAGAAAACAGUUGUUUUUAAACUUUGGUACAAAAGUGAUUCUAAAAUAGUAAGGUGAAUUAGCCACUAUAAAGGAUGUUACGUCUCUGUUUGCGAAUCUGUACUCUGGUAAAUAGUGCAGAGUCCCCAGGCUUUUUUCAUACUGGAAACAAGGUUGCUACUACUUGCUUUUCUUUGAGGUUGCACUGCUCAAAAGAAAAUUAAAACCAGUUUCGCCUCCUUUCUUGGAUAAAACAUUUUCGUAAUUAAUAUUUCAUAUACAGUGUACUUAACUGAAAUGUACUUUUGGAGCCUAACUGCCGCUGGACGACUAACCAGAGAGAAUGCAUUGUCGCAUGCAUAAUAAGCGGAAAUAUUAUCGGGGUUAUUUGAUAGUCAGGUGUUUUGAAAUGAGUUUUAAUGUAUGAUUUUUUUUCUCCUUUUAGUGGAGGGAUAUGUUUAAAAUAUAUCAGAAGUCAAAGAGGACCGACUUAAACAAAGACCGCAACCGCAACGCAAACGAAUAAGCAGUUUACUUUGAGGGUACGUAGGCCUUAUAAAACGAGCGUUACGAAGGAAACUGAAAGAAAAGCCUACUUCCGUUAUAAUUAUUGCUUUAAGGCAUGACCGCUGCUUUGAACUUGUAACUAGUCCAGUUUCCAUGCUGCUUCGACUCAUUUUAUGUUAUUUGUUAUCCAUGUCGUAACAGUAUGCACUAGUCCGUGAUCAAAGCUGCUAUAAAUGCAUUAGUCACAAAUACAAAGUGGACGUUAUUUGAGGAGCCUCGGCUGUCAUUAUUGACAACUCUACCUUGUUGGCAACUGCAUGCGCGCGAAGAUCUUCGCUCGAACUAGUUUGGCUACCCUGUACUGUAAAAAAAAUUCAGAAUUGGGUUAGUAACAUUUUUAUUCCUUGCCAAAAACGAAAACCGAAUAAAAAUAGCGGAUACUAAUUCAUGUUACUUCACGAUUUAACAAAGACCUGUCAAAUUUUCAAAUUUAAAUUGUUAGAAGUGAUAUUUGACCCAAGAAUUAUAGAUACAUUGAGUUAAGCAGUGUACAUAAUUGAUUUCACUACCCGUCGGAUUUGUCAUUUAAAAGCCAUUUGAAUCUAUAGAGCUAAUUGUUUUUGUUAAAAUAUUCUUUAUGUCUUCUAAUCGAGACAGGGAGCAGCUUUAACGUAAUGAAAACCCAUCAAUAGAGUAAAAGAAGUAAUCUUAAACAGAGAAAUAAAGAUGUCGCGAAGAAGGCCAGCGUAAUUGAUUUCCACAAGUCAUAUCUUUAUUAAUAGGAUCCUAUUGCCAGAAGCAUUGUCACAGUUUUGUUAAGUUUUUUGGGGGGUGUCUGUGUUUUUUCUUUUUGUUUUUGUUUGUUGUUUUUUUCCUUUUCUGUUUUAAAGCGAUUUUCUCUGCAAUUUAGACUUCCCAAUAAACCUACAAGGAGUUAAAAAAGUACAAAAAGUAAGGACAUUUUUUGCAUUUGCUAAUUUUGCGGUGUAAUUUUUCACCGUAUCAUCAGUGAGUGUACCAUGCUAUAGGGACCUCGCACGGAUCGAAAUUUGCAUUUACCUAAAAAUCGUAGGCCUACGGGUCCUAAAAAUGAACCGGUGUUCGCAAGGGAGUUGUGUUUCAAGGUAAGGAAUCUGCGAGCGUCUAAACGACGGACUCAUUACAACUCGGUUAUUCUCUUUAGGGAGCUGUUUUCUGAUCAUUUCCUAUUCGUGAGGAUUUAACUCUUCUAUUAUAACUCCAACCGAAUGUGAGUCUGAAUCUGCAUUUAAAAAGGAAAGAAAAGAAAAACCGGUAAAAAAAGUGGGAAAGUUUUAACAUUCGGUCAAAAUAAGUUCGUCCUGUAAAAUAGAAUUAUUUUUGCCAUAUGCCGAGAAAGGUUGAUUGUUUGCCACACUUUAUGACUGUUUUAACCUAUAUUUGAAUUACAUGUAUCAGUCUUGAAUAGUCCUUAAACUCAUUUCAUAAUUCAUGUUGCUGUUAACCAGUCGUUCCUUUAUCGUCUUCCAACAAGAGUUUGACUGAUAUGUUCUUUGUAUUAUUUAUAUAAUCUCGCUUCUGCAGGUGCAUGCAAAAAGAGCUAUGAACAUAUGGUGUCUGAUAAUGCACCCCUUUUUUAUGCCGGUCUAAUUGUCUAUUUGCAAAUUUAAAAAAUUUAUUACGGUUUAAAACACUUUUAGAGGAAAGGUUUUUUCUUUAAUUAAUUUUGGAAACUGAAUCCUAUUUUGUGCAUGUCAAACUUCCGUCGAAACAUUUGGCCUUAACUUCGAUUGACAGUUCGCCAGGUCGAACUUAAAACCGUUAAGGUCGCCUAGUUGCGGGUUACCGGUCGGAUAGCUGUCGGACUGUGACGUCCUUAAAACCAUAAGCUUAGAAAUUGAAACCGAAUCAUCUUUCACACUCCCCAGUCGUGUGGUUUUCAGAAUAAGGUAGCAGAUGCUGUAAAGGGCCUUCUCUUAAAUUAAGCUCUCAACAAUGACCAAAGCAAACUCCUUUCCUUUGCCAUCAACUGCUUUACAAGUUUUACCGCCAUCAUCCUUUAGAGGUCUGUUCUUAAGGUGGCUGAACGCAGUGUUGGCAGUUUGUGGGUAUAUGUCAUUUGUCAAAUCAUGGCAACAGGAUGGUUGCAGCUCACAAGCUGAAACUGGGCAAGUAAAAAAUAUACUGAUGAAAGAUUUUGAUCGACAGGUAAAAUGUGACGUUUUCGUUGUUUCCAUGGCAACAUGAACGAUUGAAUACAACCUUAAAAUUUCACUUUUGCUCAAUUUACAUAAAAUUCGCUCAUUAGAUUUUCCUAUAAAGUUGCGCACAGCUUACUAUAAUUAAUCAUUACCAUUUGAAACUUAUUUGACCAAAUUUUAACAGACGGGUUUUCAGAUAAUCAAUAAUAUGAUUCUAUUGUAAUUAUUAAAUGUAUCACAAAUUCGUCUGUUCAACUUUCAUUUUAAGUUCUCAUUAUUUAGAAUACGAUAAAAAUCAAAAUUCUGCCAAAUAUCACAAAAUUUUGAUGAGUAGAUUUUGAGAAAUCGUCUUCUGUGUACCAUUGCUUUUUUCGCCACCAUGUUUGUUUGUCUAAUUUAAAACACGCGCCGUCACGCGAGUUACCGCUGACUGCCGACAAAACUGUGUUCAGCCACCUUAACAGCAUCUCUCCUGAGAAGUUCUUUUAUUCAGUAACACAGGCAAACGAAACGGUGGGGACGAAAAUUAUAUGUCCUGUUUUUCACUAGACCAAAAUGUGAAAAUACAUAAACAAAUAUUUUUUGUUUGUUGUUUCGCGAAGAGGAUACAACACUCAGACGUUAAUUUCAUGCUGAAAAUACAUCAUUAUUUCAUAAAUAACUAUACGCAUGGCUGCAAAGGAAAACCCGAAAAUGAAAAACGGUGAAUCAUAGAAUCUACAUUUAGCUGCUGUUAAGCUUUGGAAAAAGUUGAAGAGGCUGGUAAAUAUCAACUUUGCACUGGAAGAUGAAAAAACCAAUAUCCGGACUUUUGUCUCAGUCCCAACAAAGCCAAAAAAUUUUCGUGUCUCUUAUUCUCAUUUCCUUCGAAUUCUUUUCCGUGCCCUACGCCGCGCCGAUAAAUAAGACUAACCGGUAUGGUUCGUUGAUCCACUUCUGCUAUGCGACAUUUUACAGUGCAGAAAACCUCAUAAAGAGUCUUCAUUUAUUUUUUCUUACAAUUUAACUGAAUAUUCAUGCCUGUUGAUUAUACUCGAGGCUGAAAAACCUGAACCAAUACUAAAUUGCCCUAACCAUGAUAUUAAAUAUGCAGAAAUAUUUUAAGCCACUAUUGUUAAAUUUUAAAGAGCAAACAACGUCAGGUCAACGAACGAUCAAGUACACGAAGAGUAUAAAUGAAUAUUUUAAGUUUUAGCGAAGUUUACGCUGGAUUUAACGAAUUGUAUGAGGUGUAUGUUUAAAAAUUAACUUAUGUUUAAAUCAAAAACAGGACUGGCCAUCAGUGGAAUAAAGACUGGCCAUGGACCUGUGUGAAUCGAACUGAGUACUAAACGAGAAAUAAAAGUGAACAGGAGAAGCUCUCUACAACGACAGGAGCAAUGACCGUCUUUUCCAUUGCCAUGAACAGCUUUACAAGUUGUGCCGCCAUCAUGUUAAACAUCGUUGCAAUUAUCGCGUUGAGAAAAACUCCAUCACUUCGGAAGCCUUUAAAAAUACUACUUCUAAGUAUCAGUGUCUCAGAUCUUUGUGUUGGUUUGCUUGUCCUGCCAUUGAACGUGGCACUUCAUUUGAUUGAUAAACGCAAUCCGAUUGUCGCACCAUUGGCAAGAGUGAAUAUUAUUUCAGCCACAUUUUUUUGUACUGCUACGCUGUUGGGUAUUUGUGCUGUAUCAGUUGACAGAUUCCUAACAAUUCAUCUUCAACCUCGAUACCAGGAAAUCGUUACUCACAGACGCGUUGAGGCUGUGGUUAUCUCAAAUAGGGUUUUGAGUGCAGUUCUUUCGCUCCCGCGAACAAGAAUACAUUCUGAGAAGGCCAAUAGGAUAAUCCUCGCCAUCAUCGUUUUUAUUACCCUUGGUUGUCUUGUCGCAAUAGCAAUAAUUUACGUUAAACUCUAUGUAGUUUUGAAACACCAUAUUAUGCAAGCUCAAGCCCUUAACAUAAAUCUAGAUUCUCAGACCACGGUGGCGAUUGAAGAUACUGCUAGACAGAAAAAAUGUACAGUCGCCAUUUUCUACUUAUAUCUCACGCUAUUGAUUUGCUACUUGCCAAACGCAUGUCUAACUUUAAUGAUUGUAGUAGAUGCCUCUUUUCCCUCCGAAAUUAUCUAUUUCUCGGACGCUUUGGUAUAUCUCAACUCAUCCCUCGAUCCUUUGAUUUACUGUUGGAAGAUGCGGCAAGUACGGCUCGCUGCCAUGAACAUACUACGAAACAUACAUUUUAGAUGUUAGAUUAUGGGAAGACCUCAACAAGAUACGUUAUUCUUGCCCCUGUUUUAGACUAGAAAAGUUUUAUUAUUAAAUCCUCAUCAGAUCAGCCGCCAGAAACAUUUAAAACUUUCACAACAGUAGUAGAUGAUCGGUUGAUUCAGAACAGGCAAUCCUAAUACAUUGGCGGGCCUAAUCAAUGUAGUUUUACAAUGUUUUCUCCCAAAAUUUGCCAAACCUUUAAUGUCAACGGAAACUGUAAAAUACUUCCGUCACGACUUAUCCAGGCCUAUUAGAACAGAAAACAAUUUUUAUUAACUUUGCUAAGAUUUCGGCAAUUGCAUUGCACAAGUGGUGCCAGUGAUACUAUAAGACAAUGUCUUAUAACAUUUUAAUGGGCCUGCUUUCCUAAACCUCCCAAGCACCGUGAUGCUCAGCUUGACGGUCGUUCUUGCAAAAGGUUAUUUGAAUUCUUAACGACCUGGGGGCGGGUAGUGUAACAGAAACUGUCUGUGAGGGGUGGAGGAGGAAAAGUAAAGAGGGAUGCAGCUAAUUUCUCAGUCUUUCCUGUUUAAUUAAUUAAUUUUUAUUUGUGGUUUUUUAUUUGAUUUAGAAGGGCUACCAUGGUAUUGUUCAAACACCUUAUUAUCAUGAAUCCUUGGGGACUGAACCUUUUCAAAAAGAAAGAACAACGAUAAAGCAAAAUCUCCAAAAUCGCUUAUUCAUAUCCUUUCGAAGAAGUGAAGCUAAGUGAGACUGCCCAUUAAAAGUAAGCUGCUUAUAAUUAUUAACAUGAAAGGACUGACGAAGAGUCGCGCAAAAUAGGGGAAGAAAUCUUUUUUUACGUCUGUGGCCGAAGUUCUGUUAAGGUUAAAUAUUUCACUUACAUUCUUCUCCACGCCAAAAGUUAGAAGAAAAAGUCUAAAUAAUUGCAAAAAGUAAUCUGUCAACUAAUUUCUAAUGAUACAGGUAAAAGUGCAUAUUAAGUGAAUGCUAGCGAGUGCAACUUAGUAGCACUCGAGUGAAAUUAAUUAAUAAAUUUGUUUCUCUCAAAAGCUUUUGGGCCAGUUUUUUUUAAAAGUCUUGCGUUACUUCUUUAGUUGACUUGUACAUAAAUAAGCUUAAAACUAAAGUUAAUAAUCUUUUUUACAGAAUGAUUUAAAUACAAAAAGAAUUCACAACUCCUUUUGAAGAAAUUUCCCCGCAAGUGCUAAACAAAUGCCUUCAAAAGUUUUAUUUGUCGGCAAGAAAAAGCGACGGCCACGGCCGUUCGGUCAUUUGCGCCAAAAUUAUAAUCCUUGGCAACAGCAAAUGAGUUAAAAAUCAUCCUUUUUGUGCUCAAUUAUCUCACUGUUUUAGUAUAUACUAAGACAAUUCUUCACCGAAGUGUCGGUGGCUAGUGGUGGACAUCUAAAAAACUCACCACUAGCCACCUCCACUUCGGUGAAUAAUUGUUAUUUAUUUAAAAAAUUCACUAAGGAAGUUCUGAAAUUCUUCAAGGGACGAAAUAAGAGGCAUAUCAGGGAGGAACUAGUUCCUGAGUCCCUAGCUGUUCUUGGGAAAAAGGAAAACUUGAAAACAUUUUUCUUACAGUAGGGUUCAAGAAGCUUAAAUGUAUGGCUGCUCCAUGUACGAUCGAGUCUUACUGCUGAAAAAAAAAAAAAAAAUCGUCAAACUUAAUAUCAACCAAACCAUGAAUAAUUUUAUGCAUGCCUGAGAUCAAGCGAGAUCUUUUUCUACUUUCUUCGAGGGUGCAUAGAUCCUAUUUCUUUAGCAGGGAACUGACGCUUUAGGAGCAGUCAUAUCAUUUGUACGUAAGCGAGCUGCUUUUUGCACUGCCCUCUAGUCUGACAAUGUCGCAUUUAAAAUGUGGGUCCCAGGAAACAGUGGGACGGACAGGGUAGCGUGCUUCGCAGGCGUUUCGAGUGGGAGGGAAAGGGUAGCGUGCUUGGCAUACGUUUCAAGCUGGAGGCUAAGGGUAGCGUGCUUGGCAAGCGUUUCAAGUGGGAGGGAAAGGGUAGCGUGCUUGGCAAGCGUUUCAAGUGGGAGGGAAAGAGUAUCCUGCAUGGCAGGCGUUACAAGCGGGAUGGAAAGGGUAGCGUGCUUGGCAAGUGUUUCAAGCGGGAGGAAAAGGGUAGCGUGCUUAGCAGAAGUUUCAACCGGAAGGGAAAGGGUAGCGUGCUUGGCAGGCGUUUCAAGUGGGAAGAGGGGGGGUACCGUGCUUGGCAAGUGUUUCAAACGGGAGGGAAAGGGUAGAGUGCUUGGCAGGAGUGUCAAGCGUGAGGGAAAGGGUACCGUGAUUGGCAGGCGUUUAAAGUAGGAGGGAAAGGUACCUUGCGUCGCAUUCGUUCCAAGUGGGAGGGAAAGGGUAGCGUGCUUGGCAGGCGUUUCAAGCCGGAGGGCAAGGGUAGCGUGCUUCGCAUUCGUUUCAAGUGGGAGGGGAAGGGUAGCGAGCUUGGCAGGCGUUUCAAGCGGGAGGGCAACGGUAGCGUGUUUGGCAGACGUUUCAAGCGGGAAUCUAAGGGAAACGUGCUUGGCAGGAGCGUCAAGUGGGAGGGAAAGGGCAGCGUGCUUGGCAGGCGUUUCAAGUGGGAGAGGAAGAGUAUCCUGCGUGGCAGGUGUGUCAAGCGGAAGGGAAAGGGUAGCUUGCUUGGCAGGUGCUUUAAGCGGGAGGGAAGGGCUAUCCAGCGUGGGAGGCGUUUCAAGAGGGAGGGAAAGGUUAGCGUGCUUCUCAGGUGUUUCAAGCGGGAGGGAAAGGCUAUCCUGCGUGGCAGGCGUUUCAAGCGGGAGGGAAAGAGUAUCCUGCGUGACAGGUGUUUGAAACUACAAUGGGGAGAGUGGGGCGAGUGGUGUGAAGUGUAAAUGGGGCUGGAAAAUAGCGUAUGUGUUAUUCGUUUGACCUAAGAGGGUGAGGGUAUCGUGCAUGGCAAGGGCAGCGUUUGUUGCAAGCAUAUGAAGGGAAGGACGAGGUUAGCGUAUUUGGUUUGCUCUUUGACGCGAGGGUGGAGAGUAGAGUGCACAGUUGGCGUUUGAAGGUGAAGGGAGGAGCUAGUGUGUGUGAUUAGCUUUUAAAAGGGGAGAGCUUAGUGUGAUAGUGUGAAGGUGGGUUAUAAGAAGCUUUUUGCCGUUUGAAUAUGAACGGGAAAGUAGCUUGCUAGGCAAUUGGAAGCGUUUGACGUGGAAGUGAGAGCAUAGCGAGUAGCUUGCUAGGCAAGCGUUAACUUUGAAAGGGAGGGGAUUAGAAAGCGUGCGGGGUAGGCGUUUGAAGGGGGUCAGAGUAACGUGCGUGGUCAGCGCUUGAACAGGAAGGCAAAAGAAAACUGAGGCGAGCAAAGAAUGAGAGAAGAAAACAUACAGGGUGCUUGACUGACUUAUUAAAACCUAACCACGUUGCCUGUAGUUUCUUUUAAGCUUGGUGAAUAAGACUUAUUACAUCUUUAAGUGGCGAUCUUGUAAGAAAAAGGGAAUGAGGAAAGUCGACUUCCCUUUAAUUCCUCUCCUUUACCCGUGCCGCUGUUACUAAUUUUUUUUUUUUAUCUUCCUUCCUGUUUUCACAGGGAAUGAAGUUUCUUUCGUCACGCUCCUGGUGAUUACUCAAGUGACAUUUUAAAGUCCCCUUAUCACAACUGUCGUACAGACAGCUAGAGACAGUAUGAAAUGUCCUUUAACUAACUUUUAUUUAACUUUUAUUAAUACAGAUCACGCACUGGAAGAAAAAAUACACAGGAACAGCCAAAGCCGGGGGCUUAAGUGGCCUAAGGUCAGCAAAAAAAGACGUGAAGAAUUUACAUGAAUGGAAGAAGGCUUUAACUAAAAUAAUUACAAUACAAUUAAAUCAAGAAAGAAAAGAUCUGUCAGAAAAAAAAAUUACAACUGAAAUACAAUACUUGGCAACUAAUUUCAAAUAUUUAAACAACUAAUAAUUCCCAUAAACCACACAAACAAAUACAAACAAAUACACCUAUUAUAGUCCCAUAAGGUGUACAGAUUAUGCGUAGGCUAAUUAACUACUCAGAAAAAUACAGUCUUAAGUUUAAAGUUACUUACUGUGAGAUUAUUGCGCAAAGAUAACGGAAUAUCAUUCCAAAUAAUAGGAGCUUGCCAAGUGAUAGCAAAUUGUUACUUAUGACAGGUUUUAUGCAGAUCAAAACGUGAACGAGUCAUAUAAUCGUGAUAUUCAGAAUUAAAAUGAAGGAUCGAGGAAACCGGAGUAGGUAAAAGGCUAUUAAAAUGUGAGAAUACAAAACAAGCAACAUGGAAUUUAUAGAUAGAGUAGAGUGCAAGAAUAUUAUGCUUAGAAAAAAGGGGCUUAGAGAAUGUGCGCGGAGGAGAAAAAGUAAUUAUACGAACGGCUUUCUUUUGAAGUACAUAAAGGGGCUUAAGGUAAGAAGCAUAAGUGGAUGCCCAUAUUAAACUGCAAUAAUUGAUUUAAGGUAAGUAAAGAGAAUUAUAUAAAGUUUUCAAAGUAUUCAGAGGUAAGUAUCGCCUUGACUUGCCUAAGACUCCUAUUACUUUAGAGACUUUAUCACAGACAGCAGAGAUAUGCGGUUUCCAAGAUAAAUUUUCAUGAAAGAUAAUCCCAAGAAAUUUGUCUUCUUGCACACGUGUGAUGAAAGAAUUAUUUAUAAAUAUGUUUAUAUCUGAGGAGUUAGUUUAUUUACGUCGAGGGUGAAAAAUGAUGAAUUUAGACUUGGCAAGAUGAACAGUGAGUUUGUUAGCAUUAAACAAAGAAGAAACAUGAGAUAGCUCUACAUUAAGAAUGGUUGCUAAGGUAGCCAGGUCAUUAUGACGAAGAAAGAUAUUUGUAUCAUCAGCAAAGAGAAUGAUAGACAAGAGGUUGAAAACAUAAAAAAGAUCAUUGAUGUAUAAAAGAAAAAGUAAAAGUCCAAGAACUGAAAACCCGCACAAACGACCGAAUUAUAUGAAGAGGUAUGGUCAUGGACCGUGACGCACUGCUGUCUGUGAGACAAAUAGCUAGUCAGUGAGGUUAACGGGAUACCUCUAAUGCCAUAAAAAUUUAGUUUAUCCAGAAGUAUUUCAUGGUUGACUGUAUCAAAUGCUUUCUUAAGAGCAAUGAAGACUCUAACAGUAUACUGAUUGUUUUCAAAACCUUCAUAAAUAUUGUUGACAAGUUCUAAGAUAGCCAUAGCAGUAGAGUGAUGUGGUCUAAAGCCAUACUGAUAAUGAUUAAGGAUAUUAAACUUUGUGAGAAAUCCUGAUAAUUUGAGGUAAAAAAAGUUUCUCGAAGACCUUAGAAAGACAGGGCAGAAUAGAAAUAGGCCGAUAGUUUGAAAACAAAGAAGGAUCAUCACUUUUAAAAACUGGAAGAAUCUUUGCAAUUUUGAGUUUAUCAGGAAAGACACCACGCUAAAAUGAUAGAUUGCAAAUAUGAGAUAAAGGAGCAGCAAGUAAAUAAAUUGUUUCUUUGAUGAGAGACAUAGAAAGACCAUCAACACCCUCACAUUUGCUAUUUUUUAGACUAUGGACAAUAGAGGCAACCUCAGCAGGAGAAGUGGGAUUUAGAAAGAAGCAAUCAGCAAAGUGACCAACAAGGAAAUCUUUAUGAGAAAAUUGAGUAGAUGGAACUUUACUGGCCAGAGAGGGUCCUAUGUCAGCAAAGAAAUGAUUAAAGUUAAUACAAGAGAGAAUGAUCUAAGACAGCGAAUCCCCCAUACAUGACCCUCUUCCAAUGAAAAUUAUUUUCAAUCUAUUCUUGGUUCUGUGUCGUACUGCGUGGUUAUUUUAAGGAAGCUACCUUAUUGGUCGGUUAGAGUGGCGUCAUGUAAUUUUAAACAUGGCGGGUAAUUCAUUUCACUGCCGAUCACGCACCGCAAGAGAUAUGACGUGCAAACUUGGUAUUACUUUAGUCGACGAGUCAAAAGCUUUAUACGUGGAAUAAUCUGGCCAGAGUAGGUGACGAAGAGCAAAACGAUCCUGGCUUGUGGGAGUUCGCCGGAGAAAGCGAUUCCGACUCGGCGAAAACUGCUUAUUGAGGUCUUCGCUACAUCAAUAUAUAAACAACCAACAUCGUAUUGUAAAAAACGACAACUGUCUCUUCCGGCGACAUCCACGCACACCCACGAGCUGUGACACCGUCGUUUGGAUCCAACCGUGGACACGUAACGAGAAAAUAGGUUCAAAGUGGGUCCAAACAUGAAUGUUUGGCCGCCAAACAUUUGAAUUGUUGUGAGGACGCUAGACAAAUGCGGGCACACCGCUCACUAUUAAGAAUUGACCGAAACCGGAAACCGCGCAUCAAAACUCUCUGGCAUCCAGGUUAGCGACUAUUCAACAGCUGGAAGCAUCUGACCUGAUUUGUGUUUGCACAGCGAAAUAUUCAUCGCAAGUAUUAGACGUUAAGAAGAAGUAAUGCAGUUUGAAACUCUCAAGAAUAAUUCUUAAAAGCAAAUGUACUGUUUCUGAACGAAAAAUAUUCCUGGAAAAAGAGAAAAAAUAUCUUGCACAUUUGCAUAAACAAUUGAAGCCAGUCACUUAUUAAAGGUUUCGUGUUUCGCGCGUGAUAACCUUUGCCUAUGGCUUUCACAGUGUGUCAGAAUUCAAUAUUCGUUACUUUAAAUGAGGCUACCAGCCGUUAGAAAAUCUCAAUCUUUAAUCUCAAAGUAAAAUUUUGAUUCCACUACCGCAAUCCUUUUGUAAAUGAAAUUCAUUCCUAGAUUAUAAGAGGAAAGCGCUGAUCAGAAACAUAUCAACAUCAGGAGCCCAUUAGUAUCGGCUCCUGGCGCUAAUUACUAUAAUGGCUGUCAAACUUCAAAUGUUUGGGGGCGACACAUGUCACGUUCACGUGAAAGUAGACCGCGCGGGUCAUGGGAACAACAGACAAAAACAACCUUCGCAGCAAGAGCGCGAACUUUAAAUAGAUUUUAAAAAAUUAUCAUGGGGCACAGGGAAUCGCUCUCUUAGCUCAAUCUCUCUUGAGUUAAUAGCUAUACGUGAAGGGGCUGAACAGACACCGGUACUGUCUUUCAUAUUACUAAAAUGUUGUUCAGAUUUCUUUUUAGAAAUAAUCUGCUUAAUAACUGAUCAAGUCUUCCUCAGGUCUAAGCUAACCGAGACUAGUUUGUCAUGAAAAUAUUUUUUUCUAGCAAUUCUAAUGAGAGAAUUGCUCUUUUAGGGACGACACUGAUGUUUUCUUCAACUAAAAGACUGAAGUUUAGAUAAUAUGAUCUCUGCUCGGGAUUUGCUCGGGAAGUGGCCCAAAAAAACGGAACAGUUCAAUGCCACUCGGUCUUUCACCGAAACACUUAAAAAACCUGUGAAUUCUACAAGAAUAAUUAAUCCCGAGCUCUCAUCGGUGGCGAGGUCGAAGGACCCUAUUGAGGAACGCUGUGUAUGCAUUCAAACCUCUUCGCAGAACUCGCAGAAGUCCGCUUAGAUGCUUCCUAUGUACUUAGGCCUGUGUUGAGAUGACCUACACCAAAGCAGUUAUUAAAAUCAGUCUUUCACAACCACUAGAAAACGAACUUAUUCUCUACUUCAAAAUCAAAACUCGAGCCCAUGAGUAAAUGAAUGAAUGGUGGAGAUGAUUCUAAACUAUUCAACGAAACACUUUCAAACAAUACGUGUUCUGGUGGGGGAGAAAACUUGAACCCGUAAAGUGAAUAUUAAUAGGCAGGAGCAAGCGAUAAUAGAGGUAAGUCAGAAAAUUAGUGGACGAGGCUAUUAUUGCAGAUAAGUAUAGUAAACGGGUGAACCGAAGGAUGCUUUUGUGGAAAGCACUGACGGAAAAGUCAAGCUACGUGCAAACGGAGGCAACAACUCCCAAGACUGUUGGCCCUAGAAUGCUGGGAGUUGUUGCGUCCGUGUUGGCUGCAGUGGUGUGAAAACUGCUGCAACAACUCCAAACAACACGCAACAACAUACAACAACAGGGUGUGCAAUUGGACGCAGUAUGUAACAUCCACCAACGUUGGGGAUUGUUGGCCAACAAUGUUGUGUCCGUUUGCCGGGGGCUUUAAGAGACUACCUAGCAAUUGUGCCAAUUGGAUCAGACGUACAACUAAGUGUCAUUGUCAUUGUCAUUGUCAGUUGUUUAUAUUGACUCUACGAAUUAAAAGCACAUGUAUAUAGUGUUGCGGUUUAGUUUUACUCUUUGCUCAAAUAUUAUUAACCUUUUAUGUUUAGGUAUAUUAAUGUAAAUAAAAAUAAGUUUGAAAUUGAAACGAGGGUAAAGCUGAACCAACGACGCUUUACGCAAUAACGUUACUAUGGCAACACGGACGUCAAAACGUUUUUUUUUUCUUACUUAAGUAAAACUGUCAAAAUUGGUUUGUGAUAAAUUCAUUAACGCCGAAAUUGUUAUUGCUCUACUGAAAUCAAACCUGCUUCCCCGCCGUGAGAGUAAGGCUGUCCAGAAGGAAUACGGCUUAGAUACAGGGGCUAAUCCUCAACGCAGUGGAUUUGUACAGGUAACAGAAACAAUGACAAACUUCAACUUUAUAUCAGCGACGAAGACAUGUCACCUCACAGAUCUAAUGCUAAGGGAAAGCCGGACGAAUGAUGCACGACUGAGGACUAGAUUAGACUAGAUUAGACUCUUCUUUUCCGAAAGUCCGUGCGUAUCUUUCAUGUGUUGCAAAGUCCAAAUAGUCUCAUUUCUGUAACCGAUUGAAACGGAUUACAAAGGUACGACAUAGUACCUGGACUAAACAAAAAAAACCCUUUUGUCUCUUAACAAGGAUCAAUUUAAACACGCGACAAAUAAAUUGACAAGACACGAGAUACAGUUUAAAAACUUUAUUGAAAACCAGUGACAAAAAGAGUCAAAUAAUCAGCGAUUUGUAAGGAAUGGAAAUUAAUUAAUCUUCAUCUUCUUCGCCCAUGGAGUACUUGUAAGGUUUGAAUUUCUUAUGCCGACGUUUCUUCAGCUGUUUGGCACGAGCUUUAUGAUCAUCCAAAUAAUUUACAAAUUGAAUUCGACGCCUUUUGCGCUUCGGGCCUUGUUGUGAUGGGGUUUCUACUGUAGGAGGAGGGUUCAGCAGAGCAGGAUUUAAGGGUGGUGGAGGGGUGAGGCUUUCUUUGCCAGGUUUUUGAGAGAUAGCCGCCUGUGUUAAUUCAGGUGUUUCAUUAAAGGGGUUAAGGGGAGUGGAGAAUGCUGUCUUGCUGUCGAAGAAUCUUGUGUCCUUGAUGUUAAGUCUGGAACAGUGCUGAUUAUUUCUUCAGAUCGUGUUCUUGUAUUUAAUUGUUCUUUAAAAGCCAGGUAUCUGUUUUGCAACUGAAAGUAUCGCUUAGCUUUUUCAUCGUCCCGUCAUCCAUGUUGCCUUGUAUUUCUUGCAUAUCUGGAAGAAGCGGGACAGGCGAAAGAGUUUGCUGCUUCAGAUAUUUUAGAAGCUCUUGAGGAAUAUUUUCUUGAAACCCUGCUUGGUUAAGGCCUUCUUCACUGGGCAGGACGUUUGUUCGCAACCGACAAUUAUCUUGGGUAGUAGUUUUCAGAUCAAUCAGAAGAUAACCAAAAGGUCUUUUUACAGCCUUUUCGUACUGAUUUAAAAAGAAAUCAGUCUGCCCGGGAUACAUUUGCUUUGCCAGAGUCAGGAUUUGCAAUUUGUCUCGUGGAUUCUUGAAUAACACCAGAUAAUGGCUGUUUAGGCUUAUGCUGCGGCUACCUUUCCCCUGAUGAAAUAGAUUCUGCACGAUAUAAAUCACGCUCAGAUUGCGAUGAUGAGAACCACGAGUAAAAAGGUUCACAAUCCGCUUGUCUUUACUGGCGUGAAUCAUCUGAUCAGCAAACACGAUCAGAUUCGGUUUCUUCACAUCAAAAUAGGAAUCCUGUUCCAAAGCCGUAGGAAUUCUCUUGACGAAUUCAUUGUGUGGCAUGGCGACUAACAUUUGUGUAUACGCUGGCUGCCAUUGUGAAUAACACCAAACGAUCCUCUCCGGGGGAGGGCAAAUUGUCUGUGAAGCUUGUUGCAAUAGAGAUCGAACCCACGCUGUUUUUCCUGAGCCGGUCAUUCCGGCAAUCAUGGAGGUAAAAGGAUGCUCGAAUCGAAACCGCUGACAUUUCUGUGAAAACGGAACUGUUUGAAAUGUUGUAAGACCAACAUUGUGGUGUUUAGACAUCACGUGCCUCUGCAUGCUAUCCUUUCUACUAAAUGAAUUUUCGCAAACGGAACAGAACCAACUCAUGUCAGCUCCUCAGGAGCAGAAUGUACACUGAGAAAAUGCUAGCAUAAUGCGCAUUGAUAUAGUUUUGAAGGCUAUAAAAUUCAAUAGUUUUCCCUCAACCACCACCACCACCGCCACCACAUUUCUAUUGUUUUCCCUCCACCACCACCACCACAUUUCCAUUGUUUUCCCUCCACAACCACCACCACCACCGCCACCACAUCUCCAUUGUUUUUCUCCACGACAGUCAAUACAAGACUGCAAACUACUAUCAUAAGUUCAGUUUGUCGCAAUGUCUCAAGUUGUCAAGAACAAUCGUGGUUUUCUUCAAUUCUUAGCUGUUUGUCCAGCUCAUCAGCGACAGUUUCUUUUACGGACAGUCAGUCCACAACAACUACAUGCAUUAGUGCAAGUCUUAUACAAUAUACUUAAGAAAUACAUUCUUAUCCCCGAAGAAAAUAAGCGGAACGUGUUGCCAUAUAAGGAUGCUCUAGUAAACCUAGCAGAAACAAAUGUCCCUUACAAAACAACGAAGCGAAUCCUUGUACAAGAGGGCGAUGGUUUUAUUCAAGACCUAUUGGUACCUGCUGUUACUAGCCUAGUAUUUUUGAUGCUAUAAAAGAGGAAACGAAACUAUAAGUUACUCAUUUGAAGCUACAGUCUGUCACGGGUACUCACCAAAAUGAAGAGAAAGAUAGAUUUGGUUGAAGAAGAACACGAGAGUGAACAUGAAGAAAGCGAAAGUUCUGGUGAUGAAAGCCACAAUAUAUGCCACAAUCUACUAUAUGCCACAAUCUACUCAUAUGCCACAGUCUACUGCUUGCAAAAGUAAAGGCUUACGGUGUUCAGGAACCGGCUCUUCAACUCUUAAGAUCAUAUCUGCAUGGCCGCAAGCAAAGGGUGAUAUGCAAUAACAAGUGCUCUAGCUGGUCAACGGUACGAUGUGGCGUUCCGCAGGGAAGUCUCCUUAGUCCUCUAUCAUUUAACAUCUUUAUGAACGACAUAAACGAAACUGUCACCGUUUCUAUGCAGCCGAUACAACUAAAUAUACUGCCGAUUAUAGCCCAGUUGUUCUUCAACACUUAUUAAACCAUGACGUGGCAAAACUAUCUUCCUGGUUUGCCUCUAACUAUCUACAGGUUAACGAGGACAAGACCCAGGCGAUGAUCCUUGGUAACUCAUCCUAUCGAUACAACCUGGAGUUUGCCGGCACUCCCAUUGAUAUUAACAACCAUUUAAAGAUCCUAGGAAUAUGUUUAGAUAACAAAUUAUCUUUUAGAGAACAUAUAAGUGUCAUGCUGAAGAAAGUAUAUUCCAAGAUAGGCGCACUUCGCCGCCUUAGCGUUUAGUACCGGCAAAUACUAUAUUGCUUCUUUACAAGAGUUUUGUGUUCUCACAUUUUGAAUACUGCAACUCUUUACUUAUGCGUAUAGGUAAAACACUUAACAAGAAACUGGAAGAUGCGAGCUAUUAUGGUCUACGAACUAUAAUAAACAUGGGGAAAAGUACCGAUUAUGAAUCAAUUCUUAGGAUGGCAGAUAUGAAUACCUUGGAACAUAGACGCAUAGAACAACCCUUAAUGAUAUUUUUUAAAUGUUUCAAGGAGAAUGGUCCAGGCUAUGUAGUCAAUUUAUUCAAACCCCGAGUUACACCAUAUAAUCUUAGAAGCAAUGGUCUAAAUGUUGUACAAACUUCAUAUAAUAGUAGAUUCCUUCAUGGUUCAUAUGCGUACAUGAUCUCGCACAUCUGGAACCAGUUGCCAUCUGCUGUAAAAAACGCACCUAAUGCAUCAUCCUUUCGGAGACUUUUAACUAAGUUGAAUUUUAUCGGCUGUCAAUGCAGCAAUUGCCUUUGACCCGAUUUAUUUUUAUAGAUAUGAUGUUAUUUUAUUUUUAUUUUUUUUUAAAUUUAAUUAGUCGCUAUUGAGAUAUUAAUUAUUUAAUUUUUCUUUUAUAUUGUCAAACACUUUUAUCAUGAGCCCGUGGCUCAGGGGAUUGGGAGACCACCCCCUGUGUAUCUGACAUUAAAGAAAUUAUCUUACCUUUAUCUUAUCUAAGAAUAAAAGAAGAACCAAGAAUAAAAGAUGUUUUGAGUCAUCUUUCCCGAGCAGUGUCGGAAAAGCGUGCUUCUGACUUGCUGCAUAGUAUGGCCGCGUCCAAAGAUAUUCUUUCUGGAAUCCCAGCGGACAAUUACUUCGAAAUAAACGCACUAUUCCCGUAUCAAACAUCGCCGAGCUAGUUGAGUAUGUGUUACUCCGUCAUAACAAUGAGGUUACCAAGCCUCGUGCGCUGAAUACGUUUCUAGAUGGACUUGCAGAGUUAGGAAUCGAUAAAGGUUUAAUCAAGAACAAAAAGUUGUUAAGUGAUUUAAUAGAAAAGGAAAAAGGCUACCGAUCGAAAUGUAGAAAACCGAUAAUGAGAGUAAUAAUGAGGAGAGUUCAUCGGAUAUUGAAAAUCAGGAGGAGGAGGAGGAAGUGGCUUCUGAGAAUGGCUUAGAAACUGAAGGCACCCAAGAGAGCGACAACGACACUGAAAACGAUAGUGAGGAAACAGAAAGUAGUAGCCCUGAAACGUCCACCAUCUUUUACUCUAAAAGUCCCUACGAACAUUGCGAAAACUCUAACGUGUACUCCACAUUGAUAAUGAAAUGUCCUAAAUGCUUUUGGCACGAUAACUACAAGAUUUGUCCUAUAUGCGAUCACCAGAUCCCCGAGGAGAGAUAAUACAUCAAUACAUCAAGAUAAGAGGAGGAGAGAUAAUACAUCAUACUUCGGUGUCACGAUUGUGGUUUAAUUACACAAAAAAACGCCAAGACGGUGGAAACCAAUUUUUAUUCACCUUCUAAAGAGGAGAACGAAGAGGAUGUCUAAUUUCCAUCCCUUACAAAUCGCUGUGUAUUUGACUCUUUUUGUCACUGGUUUUCAAUAAAGUUUUUAAACUGUGUCUCGUGUCUUGUCAAUUUAUUUGUCGAGUGUUUAAAUUGAUCCUUGUUAAGUUAUUAAUUGUUUGUGUUUUUACAAUAAUACGUCAAGGUACUCCCUUGGGUCUAGCUGUAGAGAUGAACUAAUUUGUAUUCAACUUUGGGCUUGUUAACCCGCAUAAUUAACUGACUAACCCAAACGGCGCGUGAAUUGACAAGACCAUAAGCUCACCAAGCGCUGAGUUUCCUCGAGAUAGAACGGAGAAAACGCUUUUGUAAUGGUGAGUCAGAAUUGAAGUAGAGAGCUUUCAGCUCCACUUUUUGUAUGUGUGUGUGUUUUUUUUAUAUAUCCGAUUUUUAGCGCUAAAUAAGAAGACAUGUGUUGCUACGCGAUCGCACCUCUUAUUCCUAUUUUUAUAAAUAGACUUUCCACUCAUUAGGAACAAGAAUGUGGUUUAUUUAAGAACCCAAAGAGUUAGGGUUUACUUUAGAACCACCUGUUGUUUUCUAUAGAAUUUUCAUACCCUGUGCAAUACUUUCUACAGAGUCCAGUAAACAAAGAUUGAUAUUUUUGCUUGAUAGGCAGUUUUUCGCUUCGCUGAGCUUCGACCUCGUUUUCAUGUUUUGGCCGAAAAAUUAGUACCAUUUCGCAUUCGCUUAACCUCCUUUUCCCUUCUUUUGAAGUAACGAUUUUUCAGUUAACCUCCGUGUCUUGGUUUUGUUUAUCACCGGUUUUUAGUGAAAAUAAUUUAAUGAUUAAAGAUUUUUCAUUUAGUAUAAUCUGCAAAGGUAACACGUUCAAAAUUUGCCAGCUUUUAUUUUGAACACAUAACAGUUUCUACCAUAUUCAAUCAGAAGACUAUAGCAAAGAAUAUCUAAUCAGAAGACUAUAGCAAAUAGCUAAUCAUAUAGAAAUCACUUUUCUGUUUAUAGAUUAUGAUCUCAACAUUUUUUGAUGACGUCAACUCUAGGAAAUUCUGACGUCACUUGCUCCUUGCCAGCUACAAAUUUACUAUGACAUCAUCCUAUCUAUAUGACAUGCAUGACGUCAGCCAGCUAAAAAUAAACUAUGACAUCAUCCUAUCUUAAUGAAAUGCAUGACGUCAUCGGCAUUAAUGUAAACUAUGACAUCAUCCUAUCUUAAUGAGAUAUAUGACGUCACCGGCGUUAAUGUAUUCCCCCGGAAGUUAAUGAAAUUCCCCCGCAAAGAAAAGGUUAAUUCGGUGCCUUAUCCACUACUGAAGGCUAAUUUUGUCAGCCGAAAUAUUGGCCUCAAAUAAAUCAGCCCUUCGCCGUAUUGCCAGCCUUGCAUUCGGUUUUGUUCUAAGAAAAUUUGAUCCUAGCCAUUCGAGAAAUGUUGGUAGUAAGCUCGUGUGGGAUGAUAUUGCACAUUCAUGUUAUGAUCAAGUGUCGAAACAGGAUAUCCGCUGACUAGUUCCAUAUGACCUUAUCAAUGGGCCUAAGUUUUGGCCCAUUGAGGUUACUUACUUUUUUGAAGUCUUCCUCUGACAAGUUUUUAGUUUUCAACAGAUCGCAGUCUCAACAUUAUUAAUUUCAAGGGAAACAGCACAUGAAAUAAGUUCUGUGCUUUUGAACCAGCGGCCGGACUUGGACUUGAACUUUGUUUAGCAUUGUCACGGGUUGGUCACGUUCAACAGCCCAUUUUUAUCUCAGAUUGGUCAAAACUUGACAGGUGAGUUCAUGUGGAAAAUUUCUGCAGCAUCUGGAAGCUUGUUUACUGAUAGCUGAAGCUGACAGAGCUUUGUUUCAUCUUAUUACGUUUUAACCGUCCUUUUUGCACUUGAUCUACACAAUGAAAUACAUCUGCUACCAAGACUCUUUUUCUUUUCAUGGCUGGCAUGUUUAUUGGGUUUAUGGUUGAGAAAUGCGUCUCUCGGAAAUCAUCGUUUUCAAAAAUAAGCUACUCUUACUAAGUACCUACUUCACUUUGCUGGAUGCGUAUAUAGAGAGCUGAAAAGUCUUAAGCAAUUCUGGCCUUACUUGAUGGCUUUCAGGAGCUGCAUCUCGACUGGUAAGCUUAAGCAAUUAUGUUUCAUUUGAUGUUUUUUUUUCUGGUUUUAUGAAGUGGAGCGUUGUUUAUGCCGUCACUUUACGCACGUUUGUAAGAAUUGAGACAAUGAUCUCAGUGACCUAGUACAGAACUUAAGACAUUUUCUAACCGCGACUAGAAAGAAAACGUUCUGAAGAAUAUUUAGUUAUGCUAUUGGUAGUAAAAAGAAAGCUUUGGGCGAUAUUCUUGCUUCGAGUUCAUCUUGAAAAAAAGCAAACAUGGCGAAGCCGGCUUAAGACUUGACAAUAGUUGACAAGGGAAAAUGGUGAAUGGCUGCAAGAGUGAACGGUACCAGGAGCUAUUAGGGACCUUUAGCAUGAGGUUUUUCGUGGGAAACGGCAAACCGCAAACCACAAAAUGUCACGUGACCACGGCCUUGCGGUCACGUUUGCAGUUUGCAGUUCACGUUUGAACCGCAGGAAGGGCUUCCAGCGGUAAGUGAUUUACGGCAAGGUUUUUUGCCACAAAAAAUUGUACAGCCUCGCGUUUAAAGGUAUGAACUAGAUUUUAGUAUCCGUUUGCGAUGUGUUUGUUGGAUUUUUGAUCUCGAAUCAAUGAAUUAUUGCUCAGUUUUGGGCGAUUAAAGUGAUGCACUUCGACUUGAUGGAAACAACAUGGCGGCCCUAAACAAUGAAUGCGUAGUUCAAAACAUGCAAUUUUAUAUUCCUUUCUGCCGUACUAACAAAGGAAAGUAUUCUGUUCCAAUCCAGAGUUUGUCUCUGUUUGGUUCCUAUUUCUAACGUAUCACUCCGCGAAUAUCAUUUUAUUUUGCUUAUCUCUUUUAGACUGGGGAGCCCAGGCUUCUUAAAGCCUUCUGGUUUCUUCUGGGCUGCCUUGCAACCUUACAAUUCCUGUAUGUAUUUUUGUAUUGUAUUGUAUUUUGGCUAAAUAAAAAUGAACUGAACUGAACUGAACUGAACUGAACUGAACGCCUUGCUAAAGUUUGAAAUCUCGGCAACGCGAAACUGCAAAAGCGUAACUGCCGUCAACAGACCCGACGCUGAGAACCAAAAACUAUCCUCGGUCACAUCAGUAACGUGUGUCUCUGUCACUAGAGAGAUUACGCAGCCAUUGCGCACUAGACCACCACGUUUAACUAUGCCUUCCUGGCAAUGGCCUCAGAAGAAGGGACUGGUGAAUACUAGCGCCGCCACGCGAACCCUUGGCUUUGCCACACAGGUCACGCGCCUAUAUUGCAACCUAACCUGACCAACAGGAGAGAGAGAAUCAGCUUCUCCACCAACCUUGAGAGUUGCAGGAGAUUUGUCAGCAAAUUAUCCGCUGGGGGAUCUGCCGAAAACCAAUCAGUAACAAACUCCGUACUCUCACGAUGUCACCCUUAGAAAAAAAAAAUAAAGAGAGGGAGCAGUCCAAAGAGAGUCAGAAUCAAGAAUAGGAGAUAAAUUUGGACCAUCCUUGGCAGCAGAUCUACCCUCAUGAAGAUUGGAUUCCUCUUCAUUUAAGACAAAAAUGGGCUUUUUUUGAAGCGUCAUUACAUUGCUAUUUAUUAUUUUCUCCUACUUCAGCAAUAUUCUUAUUAUCACGAACUUCCUCUAAUUCGAAGGUUUUUGGUAUUCUGACAACCAGACAACGUCGAAUCCAUUCUGCGCAACGGCAACAGCAAAUGUGAUCUACAGAACUUGGCGUUUUUUUCCAAGUUUGCCUCCAACAUUGUCUUUCGCUCGAGCUCAAGUCAGAUUUCUAGGGACCCGAACGUCAGUGCGGACUGUAUAUGCAAGCUUCUUGGCUUCGACGAUUACGUCCUCUGGAGUCCUCGUACCAUUGACAGGUUCGCCCGUAGCUACAACGCCAAGUUGCCUAGAUUUGACUAUUCAAUUCUUUCAGCUAGGUUGCGAGGUUCCCGUUUCUCAAAAUUGGGGUUACGACAACAACAACUGGCUUUGUCCUCCGGUUUGUCUCAUUGUCAGAGUCAUCAGGUACAUGAAGCUAUGCCGAACUCAGGGAACCCUUGUUCUCUCCCUAUGGAAGGCAGCUUUUUUCUGGAAUGCCUUUAAUAGAAGUGGAAUAGUGGAAUAGCUUUGUUGUCAACUGGGUAUAUUUGCCUAAGUUCCAGGGAUUAUUUGUUCCAGCAGGGUUUGCAAUUCCCUUUUCGAAUCCAGGCCCUUAGAUUUUGACUUCGUAGCGCUUGGAGUCAAUUUUCGGUGCCCCAGAUCUCGCUCCUCCCUGGUCGGCUUCUGCUCUACGCCUGACGGAAAGUUUUACCUGUGCUCGUAGUCGCUUGCUAUGCGUAUACCUUCAGGUCUGGAGCAAUUAAAUUUUGCACCCAGCCUCUUGCUCAUGGCUAUUUUUUGCAGUUGUUUUUUGUGCAACUUUCCUUUCCGCCCUAUUUUGGGAGUUCCCUUUUUCCGGUUCCUUAGCUUGCAUUUAUCAAUCUUUUUUUCUGUGAUUCUCUCAUUUUCUCUUUUUAUUUUCGAUUACCUUUGAGAAAUAUUCAGCUCCGGUUCGUGACGCGGGUUUUUACGGUAUUAAAUGGGCUCAUAGCAUGGCGGGCAUUCCCUCUCCCACGGAAGUAGUAUACAAAAUAGAGGCUCUAGGCCGGGUCGAUCAAGGUGGAUCCUGUGAAUCCACUGAUGCGUCAUGGAAAAAAACAGGUCCAUAGUCAAUACAGCCUUGGUUAUGUGACAUCACGGUGGAAACAGUAGCCAGAUAAAACCUGCCUUGGCUUGCCCAAAACGUAAAUAAUCCAUCAGUUUUGCAGAUAAUUAUUUGCAGUCGCUUUUGUGUGUAUAGAUAGAUCGAUAGCUCAUGAUCAGUCAGUUGUCUUCCGUUGAGUGCGGAGCGAAUGUUGUAGCACAGUGGAGUGUAGACAUUACACUCAUUUCAUAUGAAAAUCUCUCUCUGUUUUCGGUGUUUGUAAAACAUUCCGGAGUAGCAUAUUUUCGCUGCAACGGUUUUUCAGGGGUUCGCAUAUCAAAAUUAACGCAACGUUGAUGGAUUACUCACGUUUUGGGAAAGCCCAGGCAGGUUUUGUCUGCCUUAUGUUUUCACCGUGACGUCACAUAACCUAGGCUCUAUUGAGUAUGGACCUUUUUUUAUCCAUGAAUUCACCCCAUCCCUGAUCCACCUGCCCUAGGACCCCUUAUUUUGUGUGCUACUUACGGAUAACCUAGUUGUCCAAGUGGUCAGGUGUGCUUCCAAAGGAUUUAGGUACUUGGGUCGUUAACCGGAAAGAACAAAUUUCUUCCUCGGUGAUUAAUGACCUUACUGUCCUAGCCGACCUUCAAAACCCCUUUCAUUUACGUAAAGUUACUAUGUACGUUUUGUCAUUCGCUACCUUUUUUUUAGGUCAUUAGCAGGAAUGAUAAUGUCUUUCACGAGGGUUUCAUUUUUUGUUUUCGGAGAUUUCUAACCCCACUUGUCCUUGUAAGCUUCCUAAGGUACCCUGUACAUUUUUCUUCCCUUCCGGCUCCAGGGAUCUCAUUUUUAGACCCAUCUCUCGAGGGAAGAACUGCUUUAAGUUAGUUUCCCAGGACAAGCCUAUCAGCUGUUACAAUUAGAGAGGCGUUUUGCAUUAGGACCUGAGAAGCGUAGAGGUUGACCCUUCCACUUUUGGUUUUCAUUCUCUGCGUUUGGGAGGGGCCCCUUCCGCUGCAAAUAAUUGGGUUAGUGAUAGGAUGCAUGAGAGGCACGGCCUCUGGAAAUCUGUUCAAACCGAAGACACCUAUGUGGAUGAAAUCUCUUGGGCUCUAAGGAACUACCAUUUGCUAUUUUGCCCAAUACUUUGUCACUCUACGUGCUUUGCAGGGUUGGUUCUCGCCAAGCCGUCCCUAAAUUAAUUCAUUUGCCUUUACAUUUUGUCUGUUGCUGUUAUGUAGUGGAGUCAAAAUCUGUUGCAACCAUAUAAAUAAAUUAAAAUUUUACCUGGUCUUUAGACAGCAAAACUUCUUCACUGAGGCAUUGCAAGAACAUGAGAUAUUUAAAAGUGGCUAUGUCACGAAUAUAUUGCUGUUUUAGGUCAAUUCUGUGCUAAAGACAUUACUUAACCAUAACCAUACACAGAAGUCUCCGUUUGGGUUAUGAAGGAUAUUUCAAACAAAUUCGAUGGCAUUAACUUGCACUUUUUUUAGACGUCCUUUCAAUUCUUACCAUCGGUGUAAUAGACUGGGAGCAGGCUCACAAUGUGUGAUUCCAGGAAAAAUUUUAGCGGAGCAGCUGCCAACGCGCAAUGAACAGUGACUUUUCCACGCGCGAUAAGGGAUCCGCCUCCGAAACCUUCCCCAAUCUAGCACAAGUGAAUCUGCUCGCAGGGUAUCCGCGCAAAGGAGUAUUGACCUUAGAAAUCGUAACCUGUUGGCUGCUACCGAAAGUAACAUUAAAUUUAUGGGCUGACCGAUUACUUCACAAAGGGGUGUGCUAGGGGGUUCGGUGGUAUAUAGUUUGGGUGAAUUCUUUUCCAAGCCUACUGCUGUGAUCGACGUGAUGCAUACAUUUUGUAAUGAUUUCUUUUUUUGACACAAGACUUUUAUCUUGAUGGGAGAGUUUUUUCCUACUCAGCUAUUCCCACCUCAAAAGGUAAAUGGAAGACUCGUAAAGUUAAGCUUUUGUUAUUAAUAUAUAAACGGAGGCUUCGCUUUUAGCCCUGGCUAAAUCUAUAUUUUAAAUACAUAAACGGCUAUGUACUCAAUCGUGCGUGCUUUAUCAAUUUGUACCGAGAGUAAAACCGUAAGAGUUAAGUAAAAACACAUAGCACAUGGAAAGGACAUAAAAGUGUUUCAGUUGGAGGCACCUGAUCAUUAUUAACGCAAUUCAGAUUUUAAUAAAAAGCAGCCAUAACCAUAAUAAUAUAUAGAUUUAGCCAGGGCUAAAAGCGGAGCUUCCAUUACUAAAUUUAUAGUUUAAAUCAAACAAUAAACUUGUAAUCCACAAAUAAGUUAACUUAAGGGCACAUAUGUGAGUUUUGAGGGAAAGGCUAAGUGAUUUCAGAGUGAAAAAAAAUGUUACGUCGAGUUUAUAGUCUUUAGUUUAUAUGUACACCCAAAAAAUAGCAAUCAUCUUCGAUUACAUUUAAGAGCCAUAAUGGCUCUUGAUCACAGUAGAUUGGGCCUGGAAAAUAAAUUCUUGGAAAACAAAUCAGGACGAAUUUUUUGCUUUCGACCAGUUUACUUUAAAAAAUCUUGCCAAGAAAUCUGGGUGCGUGUAAACCAACCUUUUAUACUUUUUGCUGCGGAGCGACCGAAGGGAGCGAGCAGCAACAUAAUCAGGAUUUAAAGGAAAUAUAUAAGGGGCAACGAAUUCUCGAAUUCAUCACUUUUUACCACAAUGCAUUGCAUUUAACCACACUUUUUACCACAAUGCAUUGCAUUUAACCAGAGUGCAUUGCGCCACGAACAACUCGAAGUUCGGUCGGUGAGAGACUGCAUCGUUCGCUGAGUUUUCUUUGUGGCAAAUUUUCUACCGCACGGUUAGAGGUCUUACCAAAUUUUAAGACACGCAGUAGUCUUUCAGAUGAGUACGAUGGUUAACUUGGGGAUUGUAUUUCAAUUCAAGAGCCUUUGACUCGUCCAGAUGUUAAGCCUGACGAGAAGAUGAGCAUUUGCUCUUCGACUCCGCAACACGGGGGAUAUACAAAUUCCAGCUUGCUAGAAGGUGAUGUGAAAGUGAGAAAAUGUCAUGCAAUGCUAUUCUUAAGAAGCUGGAUGAGCCGAAAAUGGAUGUGAUUUUGACCAUUCGCUUCAAAAUAACAGCGGAAAUCGAGAUAACAAAACAUAUGUUUUGUGUCCUACUUUGCAGACGAGGACGUGUAUCGGCGUUUUGAAAAGCAUAAUUAUGUUCUUUCAUUCAUUCAUUGCCAUGGAAUAUGCGUUUACAUUGUUUUUUCACUGUUAAUAGCUCGGUUAAUGCGGCCGGCGAUGUCUUGCCGGCGGACGUUUCAUGGAAAAGGAAUAAAAUGAAAGACUUUUACUGCUAAUGAUGUAAUCAGCCUCUGUGGUGUAGUGGUUAGGUGUAGUCGCGUCGAGUCGAAGGUGCCGAGUGCGAGUCCUACCAAAUUAUUAAUUCCUACUUUCUUUUUUUUUCCGUUUCUUUGUGUUGUUGUUUUCUAUAAAUAUAUAGCUAAACAACUGUUACUUAAUAAAGUGCAACAAACAGCAAGAAAAGUAUUGUGUUUCCAGAGAAAAUAUCGUGCACCGUAUAUUAAAUAUAUGGAUAAACAAUCUGAAUUUCUAUUAUUUCCUACAAUUUACUGUGGGAAAACCAGAGUUGAUAACCACUUGAUCAUUUUCUAAACAACGUUCCCACGAGUUCUUUCUAUAGACUGAUAGUAAUUAUUCUAGUACUUUCCAACAUUUAAAUAGGACAUUCAAUGUUAUUUUUGAUUCUUUUAAGUCUCACUGCCUAACUAAUGCCAGUAUCAACAGAAUGUGCCGCAGCAUUACUAUCUUUUAGAUACCCUAGUUAUACAUCAUAUCUGAGGCGAAAAAGUAUUAUGAAGCGCUGUUUUUAUCAUACAAAACUCAGACAAAAUGCAGUAUUUCACAAUUUUUCAAGACAAACUUCACUCAUUCAAUAUUCAGUACCAUCGAAGCAAGCGUGGGCUUUUAGCGAAACCCGUUCAAAUCAAUCAAAUCAAAUCAAUCAAUCAAUAUUCAGAACCAUCGAACCACGCGUGGACUUUUAGCGAAACCCGUUCAAAAAAUUUCCAAAAUCACCUAUACGGCUACCGGUUCUCUCGUUUGACAAGCGCCAAUUUUGCAGUGAACAUUGAAAGAGUUACGCUUCAACACAAUAAAGAAUUUAUUGUGUUUAUUUUUUAUUUAAUGGUCUUAUAACGAUGCGUAAUCUUAAAAAGCGUUUGAUACGCUCGGCAUUUUGAGUACUCCAGCAAACGAUGUUUAUGAGAGGGUGUGAAUAGGGUUAACCGACUAGCGAAAAAGGGCGAAAAAUAUUACUGACUACCGACAAAAUAAACGAGUAAAAAAUUACCGACUACCGACAUGGGCUGACAUUAUUAAUAUUUGUUUUCAGAAAAAGGGCACUUUGCAUUUUUUUCCAUUAGACCUGCACCGUUAUAAACCUCUUAUUUCAUAGGCCCCGUUAAUUUACACUUCCAUUGUUUUCAGGGAUGGGGCAUUGUUAUGUGACAAUCCCUAUUGUUUUCCCAGCUAAUCACGAGCAAUCUUUUAAAUAGGUGCAGGAUCGCCUUUUUUUGCAGCCGUUAGGAAGUAACCUCUUUAAAUUUAUGACUCAUCAGAUGGUCUAACAGAAAGAACUUCCUCUUUUGUUGAUACAGGUACAUUACUACAACCAAUAUGACCGACCUUAUAAAUUUUAUUGAAAAGGCAGAAGUGAAAAAACCGAACGUUUCUUGUUUCGGUCCGAGAAAUGCUUAGAUUAAUCUUCAAUAUUAAUCUUGUCACCCAUCAAUUGUUAAAAAUGGAUUUGACAAACAAGAAGCCUUGAGAAUCCUACGAGGAAACUUCUCUGAGGAAGCAUUUCAGCCUCAAAAAGCGGUUGAUGGACAGAGGCUGGCCACACAAUUUUGAAAGAAAAACUGCUAUUAGAAGUAAAACUCACAGAAGGAAAUCAGCACUCCUGAACCGUAGCCUGUGUACAGACGUCCCCCUGAGGGAGGAGGGACGUCUGUACACAGGCUACUGAAACAAAAACAACAAGGAGGAAAAAGAAAUAUUGCCUUUCGUGACACAAUACAAGCCCGUAGUGUCUAUUAUAAUGAAAAAGUGUAAUCUCAUACAAAACCAACCACUACCUUGCCAAAGUUUUAAAGAACAACUUCGCCCUCGGAUAAUUACGAACAGCUACUGAAAACGUCAGGAGCUGAUGUUUUAUUCUCUUGGAAAAAUCUCAGGAAACCCUAAGGGGAGGGGGGUUGGUAGUUCUCAGCAAAGCAUUGUCCUUCUUUAAGGCAAAGAUUAAAACUCUGUAAAUAAUGCUAGAUGUGCAGCCUGUCACAGACUGCAGUUUUUCACUAAGAAUAAUUUAAGUAUCCAAAAGGCUAGAGUCCAUUAAUUAAUUAAUUAGAUUUUACUGUGCCCUAUAGUCUGCAGGGAAACUACUUUCGCAUUUACAAUAAAAGCUUUGGUGAUUUUAUCAGUACUCAUGAUAUGCAUUUGGCACAGAAUGGUGAAAUAAACGAUCAUGUUGCAUAAACAAACAAGAGUUAAUGAAGUUUAAGUCCAAUCAAAUGAUGCAUUCUUACAGGUUUUACUCAUUUCUUAGGGAUCAAAGUCUUGAAACUGGAUGAAAUACGUAAAAAAUAUUAUAAUUAACAAUUAACUGAGAUUUUCCGACAACCGACAAAAAUCAAAAAGUUUAACCGACUACCGACAAAGUAACUGAAUUUUAACCGAUAACCGACAAGUGGACCUCCCCAUUCAGACCCUCUUAUGAACGACUGAAAACAAACGGCAAAGUGAUUAAAAUUGCAAGAGACCACUAACAAUCAAUAAAAGAUCAGAAAUGUAAUUCGGUGAAAUAUUUACAGAGACAACAAUUUUCAUUCACGAAGACAAGUAUUAAAGUGUUUCUAAAAAUCCUGAAUCUUUAAGCUUAAAGCUUAAGUUUAUGUUUUAAUGUUUGCUGUUUUCAAAGAUGAACUCGAGGCAAGAAAAUCGCUCAAAGCUUUUUUUCUACAGCCAAAAUUAUAACUAAACACUCUUCGGAACGCUUCUUCUUUCUAUUUCCGGUGAGAAAAUAUCGACUAAAGGCUUUUUAAAGUUCUGUAAGCUUAUAUCAAACCUCAUACUAGGUCAGAUCAUUGUCUCAAAUCUUAUUACAAACGUUCAUAAACAAGCCUUAUUAUUCAUUAAAAAUAUUUCCCCGAUUCUGAUUGGCUAACAGCACACGCAUAAUUCACCAUAACCACUUACUGAUGACCAAAUUUGGAAGAAUUUUGUGUUUAACGAGGAAAUGACGUCAAAAAUGCAGCCUUCUACAGGUUAAUGCAACGUUAUCCGAGAAGACCUGGGGACGAGGUUGAGUUGUUUUGGUUGUGGAAACAAAAAUGGCGGAACAUUUCACUUGUUUCAAGAGUAAGAACUAGGCGAAAUAAUAGCUAAAAACAUGACAAGAACACAACUCGAAGGGCGACAUCUCCUAUUUGGAGAAUAUUGGCGGAGCUGAACAACCCUAAACGUGCAUUAUCGAAGAUGAACUUAACAUCGAUGGAUCGAUGGAGGUAAGCAUGUUUUAGCUCUGUUUUUAAACUAGGAAUUAUUUUGAAUGAAUAAUAAAACAAUUAUUGAAUUUGGCUUUCGUAUCCUACGAAGAAUUAUGGAGAUCUCGGAGGGUGUUAUCCGCCUCGGCCGGAUAACACCCUCCUCGAUCUCCAUAUUUCUUCAUAAGAUACUCAGCCUCAUUUAUUAAUUGUUAAUUAUAAACUGCGCUCGACUUCAUGAAAUUAGAUAUAAGAAAAAACCACAAACAAAAUAAUUACUCAGGCUUACCAUUCAAGAUGCAGCUCCUGAAAGAUAUCAAGUAACGCCAGAAUCGCUUGAGACUUUUCAACCCUCUUUAUGCAUCCAGCAAGGUGAAAAACGAAAACGAUGCCAUCCGAAAAAGGAUUUCAGACUUUGACAAGCGGCGCAUUUCUCAACCAAAAAUUCAUUAAACAAACCAGCCAUGAAUAACAGAAGACUCUUGAUAGCAGCUGUAUUUCAUUUUGUACAUCCUGCGGAAAAAGACAGUUAAAAAGGUUAGUAUCUCAUGUAAGACUCCAUAAUAUGUCCCCAAUAUAUAUAAAAGUUUCCCAGUGUUCCUAUGCAUUCCCCUGUUUUCGCUACGUUCAAAACUCUGUCAGCUUCAGCUGUCAAAGUAAACAAGUUUCAAGUUGCUGUAUAAAUUUUCCACAUGAACUCACCUGUCAAAUUUUGACCAAUCAGAGCAUAAAAAUUGGACGUAGAACGUGACCAACGCGUGACUAUGGUUAGAAAAGUAAAAAGCGUCUGACUUCCCUGCUUGUAUUUUUAAGUAACUGGCUGAAUUUUCGCGUCCGAGGUCAGUUUUAAAUCAAAUUGUUAAUGGUACGGGGCCAUAGUGACAUAAACACAACAUAUUUCAUAUCAUUUUUUUACAAAAAUAAACUUGAGCCUGCGAUCAUUUGAAAACUAGUAACUUAUCACCGGAUAACUUCAAAAAAGUACUCGACCUGGAUGGGUCGACACCUGAGCCUGCGAUACGGCCAGUUGAUACUUUUCAGCGGAUACCUUGUUUUGACAGUUGUCAAUUGAUCACAGCAUUGAUGUGCAAUCAGUUUUCUCCUGGGCUCCCAAAGUAGCUAGAACGUGUGAGAGUAAACACUGGUGUGCCUGUAAUGCGGACGGAUUGAAGGCGGUCAGUGUACGGUCACGCGAUUACCAAAUUUUCUGGGAUGGGUAGAUUUACUUUCCCAUGGUGCUCCGCUGGCGCGUGCGAGAGCUCCACUAUUAACUGAAAGAUCGGUUAGUAUCUCAUGUAAGACUCCAUAUUAUGUCCCCAAUAUAUAUAGAAUUUUUCAUGUGUUUCUAUGUAUUCUCCUGUUUUCCCUAUGUUUGCCUUGUUUCCUCAUGUAAUUCCAUGUUUUUCCCCGAUUCUCGCUGUUUUCCCUUGUUUUUCUACGUUUCCCCCUGUUUUCCCCUGUUUUUCUAUGUUUUUACUUGAUUCUCCCUGUUUUCUCGUGUUUUUCUAUGUUUUACCUUGAUUCUCUCUGUUUUCCCGUGUUUUUCUACGUUUUCAGCUAUUUUCCCAUGUUUUUCUAUGUUUUUUCCUGAUUCUCCCCGUUUUCCCGGGUUUUUCUACGUUUUUCCCUGGUUUCCCAUGUUUUUAUAUGUUUUUCCUUGAUUCUCCCUGUUUUCCUUUGUUUUUCUACGUUUCCCCUGUUUUCCCAUGUUUUUCUAUGUUUUUUCUUGAUUCUCCCUGUUUUCCCUUGUUUUUCUACGUUUUCCCCUGUUUUCCUGUGUUUUUCUAUGCUUUUUCUUGUUUCUCCCUGUUUUCCCGUGUUUUCCUAUGUUUUUACUUGAUUCUCCCUGUUUUCCCUUGUUUUUCUACUUCAUGAAAUUAUUAGAGGAUAAACCCUUCACUGAAGUAAAUUUGCGAUAUCAUUCCCCCGUUUUCCUUGUUUUUCUACGUUUUCCCCUGGUUUCCCAUGUUUUUCUAUGUUUUUACUUGAUUCUCCCUGUUUUCCCUUGUUUUUCUACGUUUUCCUCUGUUUUCCGGUGUUUUUCUAUGUUUUUCCUUGUUUUUCUACGUUUCCCCCUGUUUUCCCGUGUUUUUCUUUGUUUUUCCUUGAUUCUCCAUUUUUUUCCGUGUUUUUCUACGUUUUCCCCUGUCUUCCUGUGUUUUUCUAUGUUUUUCCCUGGUUUCCCAUGUUUUUCUAUGUUUUUUCUUGAUUCUCCCUGUUUUCCCUUGUUUUUCUACGUUUUCCACUGUUUUCCCGUGUUUUUCUAUGCUUUUUCUUGUUUCUCCCUGUUUUCCCGUGUUUUUCUGUUUUUACUUGAUUCUCCCUGUUUUCCCUUGUUGUUUUACGUUUUCCCCUGUUUUCCUGUGUUUUCUUUAUGGUUUUCCCUGUUUUCCCGUGUUUUUCUAUGUUUUUUCUUGAUUCUCCCUGUUUUCCUGUGUUUUUCUACGUUUCCCCUGUUUUCCCGUCUUUUUCUAUGUUUUUCCUUGAUUCUCCCUGUUUUCCCGUGUUUUUCUACGUUUUCCCCUGUUUUCCCAUGUUUUCCUAUGUUUUUCCUUGAUUCUCCCUGUUUUCCCAUGUUUUUCUACGUUUUCCUCAUUUUCCCAUGUUUUGCUAUAUUUUUCCUUGAUUCUCCCUGUUUUUCUAUGUUUUCCUCUGAUUCUCUCUUUUAAUUUCCAGUGUUUUCCUACGUUUUCACCUGUUUCCCUGUUUUCCCACCAUUCCUCCCCCCUUUUCUCUUUUUGGUUUUUUGAUUUUUUUUUUUACCUUUUUCGUCUUGUGUUUGUCUUGACACGUGUGUUUAAAGUGCGAAUUGUUCCAGAUAAUGGGCGUGGUACAAAAAUAAGUGAGCAGGAAAAAAGGCUAUUGGAGAUCUCAACAGACUUCAGCGGCCUCUUUCAUGACUGGUUUCAUUUAAUUUUUCUUAAUGACAUCCCUUGCCAUUUUUCAGAAGAUUCCAACUCUUCCCUCACCCGUGUCCGUUCUCUCACAAAUUCCAUUCCACUUAGGAAUCCGAGAGUACGUAUACUAUUAUUUUAGAAAACCUGAAUAUGUCAAUUUUGCAGCAAUGUCAUUUGUCGAAAAGAAAGUAUCGAUAUGAGUUUCCUCUGUUUACCUAGGCGAAAACACGCUGCCAUAUAUAGCAUAUUAACAUUCAACAAGUAUAUGUUAUCUUUUAUACUUACCAUUCUCUUUGGUUUGAUGAGAUGUCAAAGAUAUAUCCUCCCACGCCACUUGCUUCGAAAAUCGAAGAGAAACUUGUUGUAAAAUUGGAAAUGAUGGUCACUUUUUUGUGAUGAAUAAAGGCUAGCUUCCCUUCGUGUUCAAAGCUGCCCGCUCCAUCUGUACCAUGUACCAUCACUGCUCUACCCCCCCCCCCCCAAAAAAAAAGAUGUACAAGUUCGGCGCGCAUUUUUCUUUGGAAGCGAACCAAUUAUCUUUCAACCAUGCACAUUCUGAGAAAGAGGAAUAAAAAGCAGUUGAAAUUUUUACCUGAGUCUGCUGAGAGUUAGAAUCUACGUCGAGAUCAGGGUUGAUCGUGUUGUCGAAGACAUUUUAAGAGGAACACCUCGUGCUGCUCGUGCAUGGAAAUGGUACCGGCUUGAAUGUUACAUAGAAAAUAUAAGAAUAUGCUUCCCGUAAAAUUACUUUCUAUAGUGAAUUCACGUUAGGUCCAUAAAAUUCCCCUCUGUACAGUUAUUUUACAUUUAUUCGUUUUACGCAAUAAAAUUAUAAUAUCCCGCUAAAUAAGGGGCGGGAGAGGGGUAGUGGGGUGAAAUAGGGUAUUGGGAAUCUUCGUGGGCGUCCAUUCUUCCGGAAAGCUUCUCUGAAUUAUGACCUUUAUCAAGCGCAAAAAAAAAAGAAACGUUCGAAUCGUUUGAGGCAUGAACUUACUCCUCAUUACUCACUUUAUCACUAUUAUCAGUAUGUACGUUAUUUAUGGCUGGGUGUGGGGAGGUGAGUUUAAAAUUCCCAAUUUCCCAAAAAAAAAAAGGAACAAUUAAGUAAAAAAUAAUCGUAGUAGGAAAAAAAAUAGGCAGCAUGACUUUUACAUCAUGCUGAAAUGCUGCGUGUGUUCAAGUCAUGUCUCUGUUUCCUGCAGCGUGAAGAUUAAUAAUAUUAGGCUCUCGUCCCAUACGUGAAAAUGUGCUUGAUGUAGAUCAUAAUAUUAUAUAGCCUUGGGAAGCUGUUGGUACCCACUACAAUAUUCAGGCCCGGCGGGGGGGUUUUAGGUCCGGGAGGUACCCAGUUUGAAACUCUGACCCUGUUAAGGAAAAAAAACUCAAAACUACACACAGUCGAACCUGUAUUAAGUGGCACCGUAUUAAGCGGUCAACCUCUAUUAAGCUGUCACCUUUCAAAGUCCCGAAAAUUGCGUCCCUUUAUGUACUGUAAUUUCGACCUCUAUUAAGCGGUCGCGGUCACCAUUUGCGAAGUCCUAAUGGGACUUUUUCUAUUGUCUUGACCUGUCAAGAAACGGUCACACGAUGUCGAUUACUUGUUCAUGCAGUGUGUCAUGUAACACACGAGGUACAACAAUUGAUUUACUUGUUUAUAUUGGCAAAUCCUUUCAGUAACACCAGUUAGACUCUCAGACAACCUUGAACAGAAUUAAAUGCAACAGCACAACUCGUAUAAUCGAGGAUAAAGCCACAGUACUGUAGCCAAAGCGCGCCAUCUCUCCAUUCUAGAUUAGUUGGCGAGUGAAGUUGGAGGGGGGGGGGGUUUCCUUUUUUAGGUCUCUAAAAUAGACAAGUCAUGCAACAACACAACCUAUAGAAAAAAAAAAAAAAAAAAGAAAACAAACAAACAUUAAGUGUAGAAUGGUUGUUCAUAUUUUCUCAGAAAUAACAAUGACAGGAAAAAAGAGAAAAACAAACAUGGGAAAACAAGGGAAACCACAGGAAAACAGAGGAAAACCAAGGAAAACAGGGGAAACAUGGUAAAACCGAGGAAAAACAAGGAGAAUCAAGGAAAAAUAUAGAAAAACAUGGGAAAACAGCGGAAAACGUGGAAAAACACAGAAAAACAGGGAGAAUCAGAGGAAAACAUAAAAAAACAUGGAAAAACAUUGGAAAACAGGGGAAAACGUGGAACAACACGGAAAAACAGGGAGAAACAAGGAAAAACAUAGCCUGAAUUUCAUCCGAUUACUUCGAGUCGUUAUUACUCCCUCAGUAACGUCUGAAUCGACCGGCCGUUAAUGCCGUCCAGUGACGUCACUAGUCCUUGACCUUUGCUUUAAUUCAUGCAAAAAGUAAAACACGAUUUUCAAGUGGCAAACCGAGAAAUAUCGUUUGGAAAUGUCUGCAUGAUACAGGACUGCUUUAUUUUUUUCGAUUGUAAUUCAUCUUUAACGUUCAAACUAUCAACUGCAUGCAGUACAACUCUGAACCGGUUGUACUAAAUUCUAUAAAUAUCAAACUCGGUCGCAAUCACGCAAAUGAAAUAAACACACACACGGAACACUUAGUUCAAAAACACAAUGAUUUGCUUUAAUUAACGAAGAAAAAAAACAAGGAGACAAGAAAGAAUAGCUAACAGAAUCAUUACACUUGACGGUAAAAAUAUUAAGAAGGUCGAAUUAUAACAUUGAUCUCAGAAAACUUCGCGUAAACAAAAUCACCGGCCGCCGAAACCACAAAGCGGCUCUAAAUGAAAAACCUACCCACUCUCCGCAAUGAUUCUUCAUUCGCAGUUCAAUUUAGCACUUCAGUUUCGAAGACAAGGGCAAUUUUGCUGGUUAAGAUAAAGAUUAAGCUCACCGAAAUGUUUGAACUAAACGAAAGAAUGCCGGGGAUGCGAUCCGCUGAAUAUCAAGCGACAAUCGCGCUAAAAUUUUUCAUAAUUAUACAUAAUUAUGCGAAUGUUUAGACAAUCAACCAAUCAAAAUCACUACCCGGUUUUCGGGUAGUGAGUGACGUCACUGGACGGCAUUAACGGCCCGUCGAUUCAGACGUUGUUGAGAGGAGAAAACGACUCGAAGCAAUCGGAUGAAUUUCAGGUUAGGAAAAACAUAGAAAAACAGGGAAAAACAGGGAGAAUCAAAGAAAAACAUACUAAAACACAGGGAAACAGUGGUAAAGGUUGAAAAACACGGGAAAACAGGUAGAAUCGAGGAAAAACAUAGAACAACAUGGGAAAUCAGGGAAAACAAAGAAAAACACGGGGAAACAGAGGAUAACGUAGAAAAACAUUGGCAAACAGGGGAAUACGUAGGAAAACACGGGAAAACAGGGAGAAUCAGAGGAAAACAUAGAAAAACACGGGGAAACGAGGAGAAUCAAGAGAAAACAUACAAAAACAGGGGAAACCAGGGAAAAACGUACGGAAAACACGGGGAAACAGGGAGAAUCAGGGAAAACAUAGAAAAACACGGAAAAACAGGGCGAAUCAGUGGAAAACAAAGAAAAACACGGUAAACAUGAAAAAUCAGGGGAAAACAUAGAAAAGCAUUGCAAAAAAGGGAAAAAGAUAGCAAAACACGCGGAAUCAGGGGAAAACGUAGAAAAACACAAAAAACAGGGAGAAUCACGGAAAAACAUAGAAAAACACGGGAAAACAGGGAGAAUCACAGAAAAACAAGGAGAAUCAAGGGAAAACAUAGAAAAAAACGAAAAAACGGGAAGAAUCCAGGAAAAACAGAGAAAAACACAGGGAAACAGGGGAAAACGUAGAAAAACGCGGAAAAACAUGGAGAAUAACGGGAAAACAUAGAAAAACCCAAAAAAACAGGGACAAUCCAGGAAAAACAUGGAAAAAAACAGGGAAACAGGGAAAAACGUAGAAAACACCGAAAAACAGGGAGAAUCAAGGAAAAACGUAGCAUAACACAUGGGAACAGAGAAAAAGGUAGAAAAACACAGAAAAACAUGGAGAAUCAAGGCAAAACAUGGAAAAACACAGGGAAACAGGGGAAAACAUUGGAGAAUCAGGGAAAAACAUAGGGUAACAGGAAAAAACAUAGAAAACACGAAAAAACAGGGAGAAUCUAGAAAAAACAUAGAAAAACACAGGAAAACAGGGUAAAACGUAGAAAACACCGAAAAACAGGGAGAAUCAAGGAAAAACAUAGAAAAACACAUGGGAAACAGGGGAAAACGUUGGAAAACACGGAAAAACAUGGAGAAUAAGGAGAAAACAUAGAAAAACACGAAAAAACAGGGAGAAUCCAGGAAAAACAUAGAAAAACACGUGGGAACAGGGAAAAACGUAGAAAAACACAGAAAAACAUGGAAAACACAGGGAAACAGGGGACAACGUAGAAAACACCGAGAAACAGGCAGAAUCAGGGAAAAACAAAGAAAAACACGAAAAAACAGGGAGAAUCCAGGAAAAACAUAGAAAAACACAGGGAAACAGGGGAAAACGUAGAAAAACACCAAAAAACAGGGAGAAUCAGGAGAAAACAUAGAAAAACACGAAAAAACAGGGAGAAUCCGGGAAAAACAUAGAAAAACACAGGGAAACAGGGAGAAUCAGGGGAAAACCAAGAAAAACACGGAAAAACAUGGAGAAUAAGGGGAAAACAUAGAAAAACACGAAAAAACAGGGAGAAUCCAGGAAAAACAUAGAAAAACACAGGGAAACAGGGGGAAACGUAGAAACUACCGAAAAA